AUGUCGGAAGUAAAUAGCAUAAAAAGGUAGACCAACCAACCGAGUUGUUCUUGAGUGCUCGGGCUGAGGAUCACAUCUGAACCAGGAGAAUCUUACUUUAAUAUUACGUGUAAAGUUUAAACUGUCUAAAUCCUGCUUGGUGCAUUGAUUUGUUCCGGAUUAGGAGACCAGGGUUCAACGCCCCCUCCCCGCGAAGCCCACUGGGUGAUCUUGGGCAACACACUGCCUUUCUGCCUACUCUAUCCUACAGGAUUGCUGUGAGGAUUAAAUGCGGGGGGUAGAGAACCGUAUCUAUCACCUUGAGUGCUUGAGAGGAAAAGCCGGAUAUGAAAAUGCUACUUAUAUGACAGUGAAUUUUUACUAUGAGCCCUUGAGUUUUCUGUAAUGUUCAUCAUAAGUUGUAUCCAACACUGCUGUUCAUUCAUAUAGACUUCCCAUCCUCUCCAACUCUUCCCCUAUCCUGCCAUGUGCUCUCAAAAUCUGCUCUGGUGGGUUUUCCAGAGCAGACUAUGGGAGUAGCAUGACCUUUGGCCUUUGACCAUCUGUGGCCUUUUAAAAGUAGGUGGGAAGUAUUUAAUGUAUUUUUCCUCUGGGUUUUAAUGUAUCUAUAUAUAAAGGUAAAGGGACCCCUGAACGUUAGGUCCAGUUGUGGACUCUGGGGUUGUGGCACUCAUCUUUCUUUACUGGCCGAGGGAGCCGGCGUACAGCUUCCGGGUCAUGUGGCCAGCAUGACUAAGCCGCUUCUGGCGAAUGGUUAUAUAACCUGCAGUGCUCAGUGUGCGCAGAUGAGCGACAUGAUUUGGUGUUUCUGUGCAUGCACCAAAACCAGGAAGUAACCCGUUCUGAUACUUCCAGGUACGGCACGGUCUGCAAUCCAAACACGCAACCCACAGCGUUCGUAACCCUAGGUAUGACUGUAGUCACUUUGGGUUGCCCUGGGAAAGAUAGGGAGACUAACAAAUAUAAUAAUAAUAAUCCCAUAAUACAGAAUCAUCAACCUGAUACAUCUCUCCGUAGCAGCCCAUGCAUGGACAGUUACCUUGUCAUGUACUGUACAAGAAACAUAUAUGCAAUAAAAGAGUGCCAUACAUGUGACAAUCGAACAGCCUAGCCCUAAGCAUUGUCACAUCUUAUACAAACAAGAUUAUAAUGUUUAGUUAUAAAUAAUAGUUUAUAAUGAAGCUGUCGGCAAAUGUGACAGCCUGGUAGCCUAUUUGGAAGCAAGGGUUUGCCCCCUGAAGCAUGGGCGUAGCCAAGGGGGGGCAGGGAGGGGCGGCUGCCCCCACAAAUCAAUAAAAAUACAUAGCUGAAGUUCUCCCCCCUCUAACAAAAAUCCUGGCUACGCCGGUGCCCUGAAGCCCCCUACCACGGGGUUUGCCCAUCUUUGAGCAGGCGGCCAUGAUCUGUUGCUUGCACGGGGCUGCUGCCCGUGUGGUUUGUUUGAUCGCUCCCAACUCUGUAAUCUUUUUACGUUUCUCUGCCAACAUUAUUUGAAGAUAGCACUGCAUAUGCUCCGUAGAACGUAAUGGGCACGCCUCCGCCCCCUCCUCCAGAAAUAUGCAUCCACGAGACUCCAGAAGCGCCCCCUCUUGUCUUAUACCGACAAAAGGCGGCGCCACCCCGCCCGGCUCGGAGUCCGGGUCAGGCUAGACGCGCCAGCCCGGCCACGUGGGCGGGGACAGCCUCCCUAGCCCAACGGCCGCUUGAACUCCUUUUUCCCUUCGGUGACACCGCCUGCUACACUGAGCACGGAAAGGCGCCCCGUGGCUCUUGGAAAAAGAACGGUUUGCUUGCGUUUUUAGGUAGACGCGAAGCUAUUAGUUUUUUUUCCCCAGCCAACGGAAGUUUGCACCGGAAGAAAAACUUUAAAAACAAGCGAAACGCAAUCUCUUCGGGGUGACAACGUGCAGCUGGGCGACAGAAUCAAGCCUCCCGCCGUCUGGCUUUGUAGCGCUUCAUCAGCGGCCAAGUUAGGUUGCGCGACAUGACGUCAGCCACCUGCCUCAAGGCGCCGCGCUUCCAUCCGGACUAGUGGACGGAGGGAGGAGAGGGCGUGGCUACCGCCCUUUCUCCCGAGCCACGUGACGUGCUUGCUUUGCCCUCGUCUAUAGACGUGCGCGAGCGGGUCCUCUGCUCCUCCCCUUUUUCUUUUCUUUUUUUCCUGUUGGUCUUAGUCACGUGAGCGGCAGAGACGGCGGCCGGCCCGGCUCAUCGCCCGCGUGUCGCGUUCGUCUUGCCGCCCCCACCUUCUUCUUCCCUCCUUCGGCGCCGAAGCCGCGGCCUGAACCUGGGCACGCGGGAACCGGGCAGGUACAGCGCCGGGGUUCCCUGGGCGCGCGUGGGAAGCUCGGUGGUUGGGGCGCGCCGUGAGCGGGCGUGUGAGGGGAUGGCGCGAGGCUCCCCCGGCUUCGGCCUAGGCAGGGAUUUCGCGAAGGCGAAGCCUUCAAGGAGCCGGGCUUGGGCGGGGGGCUGGCUGGCUGGCGGGGGUUAGGUCGCCCAGCGGCUGAGGAGGCAGGGCGGGAGUGGGGCGGAAUCUGAAACGGCCCGGUCGUGGGCGGCGAGGCGGGCGGGGGGGGGACCGAGUUGGCCGGGCCUGAUCUGAUUGGGGCGAGACGUUGCCGGCUAAGCUGCUGGGCUGCUCCGGCCCAACAUGGCUUUGAGGGAGGGGCGUGAGGGCUUCCGCGGUGGUCAGCGGGGCCCUGGGCAGCUGCGCUUCUCACGCUUCCUCUGUGUGGGAGGUGGUGCUGCAGAGCCCAAGGCGGGAGCCGGGAGAGCCUCGCCGAAGAACUGUUCGCCCGGCACACGCUUAAACAGAAAGAGCCCCGGCGGACCAGAUCAAAGGUCCCUCCAGUCCAGAGCCUUGUUUCUAAAAGCGACUAGAAAGCUCAAACCAUCCAUCAACCAUCCAUCUCCCAUUAUACGUUUCGUCCCCACCCAGAAGGCAGCUGGUACUUAAAAGCACACAGCCUCUUAAGCAUGGGCGGGGAGGCCUUCCGUUUGGUGAUUAGAAACUGUUGGUUGAUCUGUCACCUCUAAUAUUUACAUCUCUGAGAUGACGGAAGAUAAGGUUAAAAUCUGGAAUUGGAAUAGAUGUGCGGGAGAGUCCCGCAUUUUGGCUCGGCUCUUGUUGGCUCUCGCCUGAUACCUUGUACAGUACUCCAUUUCCUUGCUGUAAGCACGUGUUUCCCCAACUAUGUGGAGUCUUUGCACGGUCCUCUUUCAUGCCCUCAUUCUGAAGUAUUAAGAGUAUGUCCAGUCCCAAUGUAAUGGAAGCAAAAUAGCCCUGCUUGUUGAUCAUAACUGUUCACUCCUUCAAAAAUCAAAAUUGGAAUAGAGCGGAGUGAAAAGCUUACAAAAUGAUUUGUAUGUAUGAGCGGGUAGUUUCUGGGUAUCAACUGGAUUUUUUUAAAGGGAGGUGAGUACUCUCACACUUGAGUGUAAUAGCUGUGGAGCACUCAACCUCUAAUACAUUUUGAAGAGUCACGAACGCACAGUUAUAGGUAUUGGAUUGUGCAGUGUUGUGUCAGAGGCCUUAUUAAGUGGAUGCUUGUGGAAGCUGUGCAGUUACAUUUCAUGUGGAAAUUAAAACAAUAAUAGGUGAUCUAUAUGAGGAAAAACAUUUUGCUUGAUACAAAAUAGCAUAUUUACACCUUAGAAAAUGUGUCUUAGAAGCAGAACAUUGCCGGAAGUUGUCAGAAUUGCAUGCAACAAAUGGGUAACAACUAGGCAUUAUAUACUGUAUACAUGGGUGAUUACUAAUAUCAAACAAAGUCAUCCCUCACAUCAACAUCCUUUGCUAUCUUUAGGUAUAAUAUCUUUCAUUUAUUUCAGUGAAACCUGUCUACUAUAUAUUGCCAUAGGGGAGAGCCUUGAGCAAGUUCCUCCCAUGUUCUAUGGAUGCUCUCUGAUGAGUCAUACAUAGAUCUUGACUAUGCUGCCAAAAAUGGGUUUUCUAGCACUUUCUAAGGACCUUGCUCUGUUGCAUAUCUUUUUUGGUAAAACUUAUUUUUAGAUGUUUUCAUUUAUAUUGUCUUAAGCACAGUGUUCAAAACUCCCAUUGUUCUAGGCGCCUUUUGCGACAGGGAAUUUCAUUAGUGUAAGCAGUUGCUAAGCUCUGGGUGCAGUACUGUGCCUAAGGUUUCAGAUUAAAACUUCAGAGUGGAAGGAAAGGAAGACCUUUUUCUGCUUCCCCACUUCCAGCUACUCUCUGAAGAUUGGAGGAUCAGACCAUGUGAAAUAUUUUAGCUGCAGUUCAUUUAUUUUCAGCUUUGUAUUGUUAUAAAAAGUGUGCCCAGACAUUCCAUUUUUGCGCCCAUAUCCUAGGUUUAACCUGCCAUAAUAUAUCAGUUUCUAACACUGCUUAAGCGGUCACAUUUGUGCUUGUGGAGAAGUAUAGCAACUUAUGCAUGUGAAGUCCAGGUGCAAUAUUAUAUAGUGGACAGGUUUUUCUGGUACAUGGGAAAUCACUCCAUCUAUGAUGUUUGUGCAAAUCACUGUCUCUCCAUCUUGCCCACCUCACAGAGUUAUGGAUCUAAAUGAAUCCUGUCUUUUGUGGGCCUCAAAUACCAAUUUGCCAUCUGGCUUGUACAAAUAUAAGCAAGCACUGGCUGAUUAUCUAGGUUACCUGAAUUUUGAUUGCAAGUGAAGGUGCUCUCAGAUGUGUACAACAUGUAGUUUUGCUUCUUAGUUUGGUGAUGUUUGCAGUCAUAAGACAAUGAGUUGAAGUGUAGCUCUGCUGUCAUGCUAAUAUACUAUAUUAUUCUUUAUCAUUCUACAGAUAGGCAGCUUCCCAUCAUGGACUGGCAGCCAGAUGAACAGGGCCUCCAGCAAGUGCUUCAGUUACUCAAAGACUCUCAGUCUCCAAACACAGCAACACAGCGUAUUGUUCAAGAUGUAUCCUUGAAUAAUCAAAGUUGCCAUAGAAAGUGGCAUAAGAGAAAACAUUUCUCAUGAACUGCAAAGGGAGCAGGAAACAAUAAGCCAUGUUAUAUCUAGUAAAACAAUCAGAAGUAAAUUGUGAGAUAAACAAAUGUUAUAGAAUAGUCUAUCCUUAAAUUAAAUUAAAUGUUUGGGAAUGCGAGCAGGAACAGGUGCAUUAGUCUUGGAAACUAUAUUGGGUCAGUAUUGUAUGAGAAAAGAAGAGCCCAACAUUUUUAGCAUAAGAACAUUUGAAAAAUCAGUAAAAUCAUUAUGUAUAGAGUCUUGAAAACCCUUUAUUAGUAAUAAAUUUUAAGAAUUGAUUCUUUAACAAAUGUUACAGAAACUGAAGCAGCUGAACCAGUUUCCUGAUUUCAAUAACUACUUGAUAUUUGUAUUGACACGACUGAAAUCUGAGGGUAUGUUGGUUACAUCUGUCACGAUGAAAGUUUGAGAAAAACGUCGUGGUAUCUUGCCUUUAUUGUAUAAUAUCAAGGAUUUAACUGCUAAUUUAGAAUUAUGGCAGAAUAAUGUAUUUGCUUGAUUGAUACCUGUUUUGCUUCAGAAAGUACUAUCUGGUGUAGAGGUUGGAAAGGGUUCCCUUUCCCUUUGGUGCUGAACUAGUAAUUGUUUUUGUUCUCUGUUCUGCCUUGCUAUGAAAAGUGAGUCAAAUUCUAGCAAGGAAUUCAACUGUCAGAAUUUUGCCAGACAUUGAUAAUCUUCAUCUUUUUUUACAGUGGAGAUUAUACUGCUUUCUUUUGGUGGGAGGGGGUGCAGAAAGAAUGUAAGGAUUAAUACAUAAGUUUGGUUUUGGGUGUCUGUGUGUGUGUAUAUUUAUAAUGAAAGGGUCUGCACAGGAGGGUAGGAAUGCAAGCCCAUUGUAAACACACAGAUGACCAGUAAGGGACCUUGUAGAAUAGAUAAAGAUAAAGGUGCUCUGUUUCUAUGGUGACCAGAGGUGUCCAGUUUUUAACUGCUUUUUAGCCAUGCCCAAAGAAAUGAAAUUAUUUGGAUCACUACUUAUCCUGUGCUCUGUAAGCUCCUGUCAGUCAGCUGAUAGAUAGGAUUGUGCACAAGGCUUUGUAGGUACUUUGGAUGAGCUGAUGGGCGGUGCCUGCAAGUCACCUUUUGGCCCAGCUGUGUCUUCCUGCCCAACACCUGAUGUGGCUUGGCGAAGGUGACCUCUUGGGCCAAAUGGUGAAGGCCUAAAUAGGCCUAUGGGCCGGAGUCUCCCCACUGCUGGAUUUUAGGAGGAACAGGUCCUACAGAAGCAUCCCAUUGCAACUCACUUUGGCAAGGGGGAUAUAAGAGCGCUACUGGGAGUGUGUCUGAAUAGAAAUAGCAUACCUGCAGCAUAUCCAGGUGUCAACAAAUGAGGAUCAUAAAAAUUUGAUUGCAGCAAAGUAGAGCAUUAUUUGUAUUCAUAUACAGUUCUAAAAAUGCUAAGGAACCACAGUAUGUAGAAUGAAAAAAAUGCAUAACGCUUGUUAAGUUAAUGAGUAAAAUCCUAUCAAAUGAUUGCAUUACUGUUUCAGUUCAUGAUUAUCGAGGAAUAUCUAGUGAUCCUCAUUUCCCCCCUGCAUCUCUGCUUAGGUCACCAUUAUUACUGUGGGGUUGUUGGUUUUUGUACCUUCCUGUGUACAGUAUAUUGGGUCUUAGAGAAUUAAUUUCUUUUCUCCAAAAUCUUUCUCAACAGAUGAGCCAACUCGUUCUCUGAGUGGUCUGAUCCUGAAAAAUAAUGUGAAGGCUCAUUACCAGAGCUUCCCCCAACCUGUUGCUGAGUUCAUUAAGCAAGAAUGUCUUAACAACAUAGGGGAUGCUUCCUCUCUUAUUAGAGCUACCAUUGGUGAGUACUGGAGAAAGGGUGGCAGGGAUUGGGGGAAGCAUGUGUUUGUGUUUUUUCAAGGAAGUUGAAAGUGUAUUCUUGAGUAGUGUUUGUAUUCUUACACUGGGCAAAGCAUUUGCAGGGUGGGAAGAGAGUUACGUUAGUGUUUUCAGUGCUGUUUGUAUUCUCAAUGAGAGAUAAGUCUCUAAAUAGCAGAUGCUGCUUUUACUUGCAGUUAAUUCAAGUAAGUGAGUGGGAAUUUUACUAACUUUUUGUGUAGGUGCAUAUAUAAAUAGUAGAUGAUGCUCAUGAACAUGGUGAAGCGAGCUGAGUGCAGAAGUGGGAAGGUUGACAUAGGACUAUGAUAUUAAGGUCGUGUGUGGGUGAAGGAUGUCUGUCUCGUGGCAAAUAUGCUUGUGUAAGCUGCAAAAUAUUCUCUUUUCCCCUGUUUCUUGGCUUCCUCAAACCAAAUAAGCAAAAUAUUCAUGCUUGUAGGAAGGAUAUGCACAAUUAAUUUUUGAAUUACUUAGAGAUACCAACUGUUGCUGGCUUUCUAAGAUUGAUAGGUGUCAGUGAGUUCAGCACUCCUGGCAACUCCAAUGCAUGGGGCAAGGAGGGCAAGCCAAAUGCUUUCACUCUACUGCAGGAGACCUCAGAGCAGUUCACGGAUCAGCUCAAAGUAUUCUAGAGGCAGCUUUCAGUUCAAAGGCCAGAUACCAUAGAUGACUGAUUGGUAGAAGCAUCUCAUAGAGCCUUGGUUUGGAUCAUAGUUUCGGUCAGAAGUAUUAAAUUCUGUUGCUUUUGAAAGUUCAAGGGAGAGUUGGUUGGUACAAGAAGUUAAACUGGGCUUGUGAUGUGAUAUUGAACUGCAGCCUGUUCUUUCUCUUGGUAGGUAUUCUUAUUACCACCAUUGCUUCCAAAGGGGAGCUGCAGAUGUGGCCAGAACUUCUGCCCCAACUUUGCAACCUGCUCAACUCUGAGGACUACAAUACAUGUGAAGUGAGUUUAAUUGCAGUAGGUUAAUAAUUGAUAAUAGGCAACAAGAUUGUGUAAGUAAUUACUUUUUUAGCAUGACUGGCUGUAGCACAGCAAUCUUGUACCACAACUUACUAAUGUAAUUUGCAUCCCAAUCCUAUGCAUGUCUACUCUGAUGUAAGUCUUGUAGAGUCACAGGUAAGGGACUGCUACUCUGUUGGUUCUCCUGAAUCUCUCAGCAGCUUUCAGUACUGUUGACCAUGGUAUCCUUCUGGAUCAUUUCUCAGGGUUAGGCUUAAGAGACAGUUUUACAGUGGUUCUCAUCCUUUCUGGAGGUAUAGUUCCAGAAGGUGGUCCUGGAGAACUUCUGCUGUACCCCAUGGCUGUUGGUUUAAGGGUCCAUUUUGUCCCACUUCAGCUUGACACCUACAUGAAAUUGUUGGAGGAGGUCCUCUGGGGUGGCUGAGGGUGAACAAAGCUCAGGCUAAAUCCAGAUAAGACAGAGGUACCGUAGGUAGGGCGGUUCUCCAGAAGGUGGUUUACAACUGGUUCUUGAUGGAGUUGCAUUGCUAAGUGUGCAGGUUGAGCACUGUCGUGGCCUUAGCCCUGGCUGGGAAAGCUCAGGUGGCAGUGGUGUCCAGGAAUAUGCUUUACCAGCUAGACUGGUAUGCCAGCUUGCAGUUCUAGCUGGACAGACAUGGCUGACUUAUUCAUGCUCUAGUCAUAUCUGGGUUUGACUGCUGCCAUGUUUGUGAAGAUGUCAUUAAAGCCUAUUCAGAAACUUCAGCUGGUCCAGAAUGUGACUGACUGAGUUCUGUUAAGAGCUGGGCGAUUGGCUCACAAAACACCAUUACUGUACCAGCAGUACUGGUUACUGAUGCAUUUCCGAGCCCAGUUAAAGUGCUGGUUAUAUCCUUUAUGUUGAUUACAACCAUUAAACAGAAGUACAAAAUAUAAAGUAGUACAAAAUUAAUAUAGUAGAACCAAUUAUGCGUUAUUAAAACUGACAAGCUAAGAACUAACCAUCUUUACAAAUCUAAGAAAUAUUACAUUCAGAUAUAUUGCCAGCUGUUCAGUAAUUGAUUUAUUAGACCAUUUAAAGAAGAUUCUCAAAAGGGUCCAUAAGAUCGACUAGGAAACUGUCUCUUAAGGAGCUAAAUUAUGCUUUCGAUAACCCCUUGAUAACAUUUAUAGUAGAAGAACCCAUGAUAGACUGUUUCCAAAGGACUGAACCUAUCCUUCAAGGGACUAUUGGCAAAUCUCAUGCCUAGGAUCUUAAGAGGGUAAACAGUGCCAGCAAAACUGUUCUUCUGUAUUUUGAUAGUUAGAAAGUUUAGGUAAGGAGUUGUGAUCAGUGUUUGAAAUUCACCAGGCGCCAGGGACAUUUUGUACCUGGCUGUUGGCCACUUGCAUCCAAGUGAAGAUGCCCAGGUGGCACCUGAUGUUUCCACCAUCUGGAGGUGCAUGUCUGGGGAUCGGAUCCUUGGAUCUUGACUGUUUUCACACACUAGCAACACGUUCUGUAGAAUUCUAUUUGUUUAUUCCAUCUGCACAAUCAGAAUGAAUUUCAGGAACCAAAAAGUGAUAUUUAAAAAUAUGGCUUUGAAGCUGUCUGACCCCCAAAUGGCAACUAAUCCUGGUUUAAGGAGCCAUUUGACACCUAGCUUAAAUAUCUGAGUUUCUAACACUGGUUGUGAUCUUUAAAACCUUAAAUGGUUUGUAUCCCAUAUAUUUGAAAGUCUGCCUACACCUGUACCAACCUUCUCACUAUUUGAGUUCAACAGUGGAGGCCCUUCUUGUUUGCCCCACACCAAUAAUAAUUACAUUGGUUAGUAUGAGAGAGCGACAGAGAGCACAUUUUCCAUUGUAGCCCCACAGCUUUGGAAUCUUUUCCAGUUGGGUUCCACCAGACUAUUAACACUGUGCAGACCUUUUGGAAAGAUCUGAAAACCUGCCCCUUUUCAGUGGCUUUUAGUUGAAAGAGUUUUAUUGAGUUUUGCUACUGUGUUGGCUGUUGGUUUUGUUGGUUACUGGGUUGUUUUAAUAUAUAAUUAUAUAUUAGUGUUUAUGUUAGUGUUUCUAUUGGAAGCCUCCUUCCAAUAGAAGGAGCUUUUACUCUUUUGAGAAAGAGAGUUUACUCUUGAAGGAGGUAUGUUAAUAUAGUAAUAAAGUGAAAUUAUAUGUGUGUGUGUGUGUGUAGGAACAUAUCCUUAAAAGGUUAAAUGUGAAUUUUAAGACUGUUUUUUAUUAAAUAAAACAGUUUAUUACUAGGUGGCUAUUCACCUAGCCUGACAGAGAUGUAAUUUUCAUAUGACAUAAGUGUUCUUUCUGUAUGCAAUGGCAUCCAAAUAGCACUGCUACUCCACUGUUAGUGUCAUGGACCAAUUUUUCAUUAACCCAGUAAGAACCCUGAAUUAAUCUGGGUGGAUAAGGUAGGGUGUAUGAAAAGGGAGCAAUUUGGAGCUGUGUUCUAAGGGUGAGGUCAGAGAUUAUUAAUCUAAAGCCAUUUUCCUUUUCAACUUGAAGUUCCCCACCCUGUUCCAGGAAUAUUCUAGCCCCCAGCCAAACCUGCCACCAUCAUUUUUUCUUCAGAUAGGCUUUUUCUCUUUAAAAACAAUCCUAUUGCUACAUCUCUUGUAGCAUCCCUAGCUAUUUAGGCAAUUAGUUGGCAUAUAUCAGACUGUUGCGUAGGAAGUCUGGCUGAGGGUAGGAGGACAACACGUUCUUUCAAAUUGGCAGUCUGUCACUUAGAUGGUUUUCCUUUGGCGUAGACCUCAAAAUGAAUGUAGCUCAUGCCAGAAGAGCAAUUUGAGCAAUGAAAGUCUAGCUAUCAUUGUCGGAUUUAAAUGCUCAGCUGCACUUUGCCUGUUUCCUAACCUCACAUAUUUGGUGGCAACUAUUUCUAUGUUCUCUAGGGAGCUUUUGGUGCCUUACAGAAGAUCUGUGAAGAUUCUGCUGAGCUCCUGGACAGUGAUGCUCUCAACCGGCCUCUUAAUGUUAUGAUUCCAAAGUUCCUCCAGUUUUUCAAGCACUGCAGCCCCAAGAUUAGGUAUGUAGCUGCUGUGCUACUGAUUCUUGUUCUGUGCUCCAAAACCUGAGAAGGAUGUGCUCUUGUUGAAUAUUGCACAUGUGGUGGAGUUGCCCUCCUUAUCCAGGCAGCAUCGGAAGUAAAGAAUGGUUUGACAGACUUGGCCAAAUUGCAAAAUUGUCAUGUAAAGGAAGGUUUAUUGUAAAGUGGCAUCCUUUACUUUUGGAAGUGUGAUUGUUACACUGAUAGCUGUAUACUGUAUAUAACGUAAUUGUUAUUGUAAAUCACUUGUAGCUGAGUAAGAUAGUAAUAAUAAAACAUAACUGACCAAAAACCCCACAAACAAAUCAUUGACUAAGCAGCAUAAUGGCUUAGUUCAGACAUGUAUCAAAUAGGCCAUGAUUUAUUAGACUUUGGGGCCCAGUGCUUGUCCCCACAUCCUCCUUCCUCUAUCGCACCUUCUUCCUUUCUUGGAUCAGAAUAUUUGCAGGGUUAAUUAAACCACAGUUUCCAGUUAUAACUGAAUCUCUGCCUGUAAACCAAAAUAUGAAGGCCUAAUCUGAUGUUGGUUUCAUGUCCUGAUUUGUAAUUGAUUAAACUGCACUUUUCAUGUUCAGAUGUAAUUGGAAACUGGCUUAAUAAACCCUGGGAGUAUUGAAUUCCAGAGUGAUGGGGAGGAAGCAUGUGGGCACAAGGCUCAUUCUUGGCCAGAUAGAUAGAUAAAUAUGUCCUAAUCAGUCCUGUGUCUCCAGUAAUUCAGUUCCAAUUAGAGAUGGAAAUGUAAAAGGCAAUAAAAUGUUGCCUAUUCUGCCAACCCAUUAUUUGAGGUCUGUGGGAAAAGCCCUGUUGCUGGUCCCACCAGUGAAUCUGGCCAGUGGAAUGGCGACUUGUGAAAGGAUCUUUUUCAUAGCAGUGCACCAAUUGUGUAACUACUUCUAUGGACAAGUGCAUCUGUCCCAUGCAUUGUUGGCAUUUAAAUGCAGACUAAAGUUAUAUAUAUUGCUCAGGCCCUUGGCACAUGAAUGCCUACUGCAAUCUCGGUUGCUGGCUUCUGCAUUUGAUUUUUAAUGAGGUGUUGUAUAUGUUAUUUUAAGUCAGAAAUUAAAAUUGACAUAAAUGUUGAUUUUUGGCUUGUUUACAUUGCAAAACUGUUCCUUGGUACCCAGAAAAAACUGCAAUUAAGCUAACAGAAUGCAUUGAUGUUCACUUAUUGGAGGUAAGUAGUAAUUGCUUGGUCAAGUGGUUUCAGCUGUCUUUACUGUCUCUUUAGGUCCCAUGCCAUUGCAUGUGUCAACCAGUUCAUCAUGGAAAGGGCCCAGGCCUUGAUGGAUAACAUAGACACCUUCAUUGAGGUGAGAUGGAUUUCUCUUGUCCAGUUGUGGUUAUUGAAAGCUGAAGCAUCACAGUCCAUGACUAUUUAUUAGGCACAGAGUUCUGGGACUUAAUACCUGUAAGGGAUGCUCUUGAUGUUAGCUGGUCUAUCAAGAAAUUCUUGAAUGUUUGCCACUGACCUCUGUGCAUUUAUAGAUCCUGCAUAAUGUUCUAGGGUAUACACGAGUUCACCCAUUGCCCCUGCCAGACCCCUUUGGCCUCAUUGUUGCCCUAUGCAAACAAAGUGCUUUACUGAAAGUGCUCCCCUGUUGCUGCAUAGUGGCAGGGAAAGUUAACAGGAGCAGUUGAGCAGUUUUUCAGAGAAAUGUAUCCAUAAUUUGUUGAUCUACCUCCUUGAGGAAACACCUAAUAUGGUCCUAGAAAUUCCUGAAUUCCCCAGAUCACCGUUUGUGUUAGCCUAGCACAAUGACUUUGAAUCUUCUCAACUGUUUGUUCAUUUUAUUUUUUUAGGCCAGUUUUUCCUCUCAGCCCUCGUAAUAUCUGCAUUUUGCCUCCUUUUGUAAAUGUAGGGAGUGCCAGAUCUUAAAGCUUUUGUCCACUUCUUAAUACGAUCUUUUUAAAAAAAAGGAAGAUAAGGAUUUUUAACACUUGCAUCCUAAGCUUUCCCGUGUCUCAGUGACUUCUUUCUACUGCAGUAACAUAUCCAUGGCCAGAGGCAGCCUUAGGAAAUACAGGCUCCAGUACAGAGAGAAAGGUAUUUGGUUCUUAACACCAACAUACUCCUUUGCUUCAGGCCUAGUUAAACAUAGUAUGGCCCUAGCUAUGCUUCCUGAGACCAAUGUUUCUGUUGUAUUGUGCUACCUCUGCACUUGCAAAUGUGCAGGCAGUGUCUGUAAAAACCUCAAAAUGUUCAUAGGCUAGAACAUAUAGUUGGUCCUCUCUACUUUGUAUGCUUUUUGGUUGUGUUCCUCUUAUAUGCACCAAUUGUCUACUACGUAACUGUGUGUCAUUUUGUUACCACACCUCCACUUGCCAAAAAUACUAAGCUUGCAGAGAACUUAAGAGUUCACAUACAAAAUAAGCACAUUUGUGUUUCUAUUGGCACAAGAGCCCUGAGCAUAAUGCUUCUCUGCUGUCUGGCCAAGUUGCAGCAAGUCUAGAAGAACCAUCUCUGUGUUGGAAGGCACAGGUUUGGGCCAGUUGAAGGCGAUGGUGUUUGAUUCUUAGCCAAAUUCUUUUGAAUGUGUGAAUGUUAACUCUGCCUGCUCUUGGCAGCACCUGUUUGCUCUGGCAGUAGAUGAAGAUCCUGAGGUUCGAAAGAAUGUUUGCCGAGCACUGGUGAUGCUGCUAGAGGUGCGGAUUGAUCGACUGAUCCCUCACAUGCAUAGUAUCAUCCAGGUAAGUGCCUUUUUUCUACGGAGUAAGUCCUCUUAAAAUGCUGCCUUGCCUUUGUUUGUUUCAGCCACUAGGACUCUAAAUGAUAUAUCUAGAAGUGCCACCAGGUCUGCCUGAAGGUGAUGGGAGCUGAUUGGGGAUUUCAUCUCUUGAUAGCAUUCCAUGUUAGUGGAUCAAUACUGUGACUGAGUAGGCAUAAUUAUGCCACUUGUUCGGUGGCGGGUUUACUUCAUUGAUUGAUGCCGCUGACCUGGCAGGUCACAGCAAAAUGCUGCUGUAUUUUGAGGGUAAACAUCAUCAUUCUAUGAGACAGAUGCAGCAAAGGCAGUAGCUGUCUCUGAGCCAAAGUUACAUGUUGGUCCUCUUGUUUCCUUCCAGUACAUGUUGCAGAGGACCCAGGAUAGUGAUGAGAAUGUGGCACUGGAAGCGUGUGAAUUCUGGUUGACCCUGGCUGAACAACCCAUCUGCAAGGAGGUGCUCUCUUCACACCUGGUGCAGUGAGUAGCUUUGCCUCUGCAGUACUAGCAUUCUAAGUUGCAUGUUAUGAAGCCCAGUUUUACUUUGCUUCCUGGUUGACUUAAGUCAUGGCUAGGGGCUGCCACCCCGUUUGCUCCAUUCACCAACCCUUUUGUUGAUCCUCCACCAAUCCAAUUCCUCCUUUCCUUCAAACCUGACCAAUCUCCAUCCCUUUAAACCUCACCCAUCCCCUGAGCCCCACCCCCUUUUAAGGGAAGGGGAGAUGCUUUAGAAAACUAUUCUGAAGCACCUUCCCCACUUCGUUAAAUAGCUAGCCUGGGCCACCUGCCACCCAUGCUGCUGUUCUUUCACCAUGCUGGCUGCCAUGCAAAAUGCAGCAUGACUGCAGCCUUACAUUUUUAUGUAUAUUGUACCUUUGUACUUGUAUAUCGUACAUUUUUAUGUACAAUAGGGCAGUGAGACUCCUGGAUAUCUUAGAUUUACUAGAUUUGAAGGGGCUUGGGCAUCUGCAUGUCCAUUCUCCCUGCAAAUGGUAUUAUUGCAUGUUUCUUCGGCUGUAACUUUGUGCAAAAACAAAUUAAAGCAAAAGCUGGCAUGUUGCUAAGCUAGUUUUCCUCAGCUUAGCUUUAUCUUUACUUUCAUAUUUUAAGCAUAUAUGCUUAUGGUCUAUCUAGUGAAUCUAGUACAGGGCUCUUCCAAGUUAGAGGUGUGGAGCCCUUCAACAUUCCUUCAAUUCUGUUUUUUUCUGCAGUUCAUCAUUACUGCAAAGUUGGGGAGAAUUGCCAGAUACGUGCAGUAUGACUGAGCAUUCGGAGCUGGGACAGAAAGGGAUUUUUUAAAUGGAAGAGUUCAAGGGAAAGGUGGCUGCUAUAGAGUUGCUGUGCAUACUUGUUGCUUGCCCAGAGUACCUGUUUCUCUUUCCAACUUGGCAGCAGAGAAUAGCAUUUUGUGCUAGCCACAACCUUGUGAGCGUGGGAUUGCAUGGAUUAUAUAAAUUACUGUUGGGCUUUUCUGUCUGGCAGUAGUGGCACUUACACUAAGCAGUGUGUAAACGCUUGCUUGCUGCAAGAAAAUCUGUGUUGUAGGGGGCAUUAUCUGAACAGUCAGAAGCUACUGAAAUGCCCUCCCCCCCAUGUGCACAAAGACAUUACUGCUCCUAUUUGGCAAUGAUUAACUUCAGCACCUACUGUGGUCUAUGUCAUUCUUGCCCCAGGACCCAGUUGGUGAAUCACUUUUUCUGCUCCUUCUCCUUAACAGAUUGAUUCCGAUUUUGGUGAAUGGAAUGAAGUAUUCUGAAAUUGACAUCAUAUUGUUAAAGGUAUUUGUUUCCAACUUAGGAUUUAAUACAAUAUGUAUUUCCACCUUCUUCUGGGUUUUACAUUCCUCAGUCACAACUUGUUUACUGAGCAUAACAAAUGAAAAGGAUUCUGUGUUGUAACAUCUAGAAUCUCAUUCAUCCUUACCCCACUCUUGCUGCUGACCAUCCUUACAGGAACAGUGCAUAGCAGUAUGGUUGGCAAAUCUUCCGCAACAAUGAAACUUUGCCCUUUCAGUUCUGAUAGUUGAGGACCCUCAUUCCGUAAGGCUGUAAAUUAUUCCUUGUCCUAUUCCUAAAAUUGAGCAUACUGGGUGACUGUCAAUCCCCUUCUUAUGUAGUUGGCAUUUUAAAUGUACUAGUUCUGUUCUACUGAAGCUGGGUCUGUGGUGCUGGGGGCUUUCACAGGAACUCCUGCAAGUUCCAUCAUGACCCGCACCUAUAUGCUGACUGAAUAACCAUGUCUUUAUAAGAAAAGUUCUUCCUAAGAUUAGACUAGGGUUAUGGGCUUGAUCAGCUGAGUUAAAACACUUUUUCUGAGUUUCUUGGCUGCAAAAACCCCCUGGUGACUUUAACUGUUUUGCCCCAUUUAAUGUAAGUCAGGGCCAGUCUCACUUUUCAAGCGAAAUUCAUACAUGCUUGCACCCUCCCAAGUCAGUGGCCAAGCACAUGCAUUCUUGGAAAUGAUGCAUAACCUACAGUCUGACAACUGUGAUGGGUUGUUGUAUUCGUCCUGUCUGAUCCAUGGAUGCAUGAUGUGAAGAGUCCCAAGAAGACUGGAGGGUUACCGUUCUUUGCCAGGGUUUAUUUCGGCAUUAAGUAACAAUCUAUCCCACCAAGAACAAAAAAUAUUGUACUGUUUUGCAAGAGCUCAUUUCCCUGGCAGACGAGACUCCGUAUUAAAUGGGCUUCCAUGUGCUCUCCCUACUCAAUUUCAGGGUGAUGUGGAAGAGGAUGAAGCCAUCCCUGACAGUGAGCAGGAUAUCAAGCCUCGUUUCCACAAAUCACGCACGGUUACCCUGCAGCAUGAGGAGGAACGGCUACAGGAUGAUGAAGAUGGAGAGGAUGAGGAUGACGACGAUGACACGCUAUCUGACUGGAAUCUGAGUGAGUAGGGGAAGAGUUGUGCAGUGCUUUUGAGAUGGGAAAGUGCCACCUAUGAGGGUGCCAGGAGCUAGUAGAGUGGAGCACUGGGCACUUAACUGACGAUACCAUUCCUUUUCAUUUGUGAUAGUAUGGGGCAAAUGCCUCUGAAUACCAAUUGCUGGGAAUCGCAGGUGGGCAAAGUAUUGUGCUUAUGUCCUGCUUGUAGACUGUCCUCAAGCAUCUGGUUGGCCACUGUGAGAACAGGAUGUUGGACAAGAUGGGCCAUUGGCCUGAUACUCUAGACUCUUUUGUGGGAAGAAGAUACACACCGAAGGAGCUUAUUCAAUGGUCCAAUUUUAUUUCUUGUUAAAAAGAUAGUUCUUGUUUAAUAGAGUUGCUGGAGUUGCACAGCCUGGGGUUUUCUUACCCCUAAAAGAUACUUUCUGCCUUGCAUGUUUAUCCUAAAGCAAGUGCUUUUUUCCUGCUUGUCUCUUCCUUAAAAGACUCUUUGUUCCCACAGAGUUUACUCUGUGCAAUGCAUAGGGAGUCACUUUAUGCUGGAGAGCGGGCUCAAAUAGCAGCCAAGGCUCCACACACCAGAUUUGUCAGUCAUCUCUGCCUUAUGACCAUCUGUAGCAUAAGGAGGAAGGAAAUCCAGCUGGGAGCUCCUGAGUGGAACCAAUUGUGCCCCAAAGCAGUGAGGCUUAUAUCCAGCCCCAAACAUAAACAGUGCAAGUUCAGAAAUGCAAAGGAACAAUAAGGCACAAAUUUGGAGACCUUAUGGGCCUAAUUUGGCUCAUGGGCCAGAGCUUUCGCACUGGUGCUCUGUAAAGAUUCUACCACAUAGCCCCAUGUCUCCUACAGGAAAAUGCUCUGCUGCCGCCCUUGAUGUCUUGGCCAAUGUCUUCAGAGAUGAGCUCCUCCCACACCUGCUCCCGCUGCUCAAGGGGCUACUUUUCCACCCCGAGUGGGUCAUCAAGGAGUCGGGAAUCCUUGUUCUAGGUGCCAUUGCUGAAGGUGAGUUCUAUAAUUGUAUCACUUAAACUAGGGGUUUGCAUUUGCAAGAAGGGAAAGGCAUUGGCACCAACUUCAUGUGAACAAGAAUUUGGCAGCCCUCUGAUAUGCCUAGAAAGUAUGCUGAACGUAUUUUCUUGCAUUUCUAGGCUGCAUGCAGGGCAUGGUUCCCUACCUCCCUGAACUGAUUCCCCACUUGAUCCAAUGUCUCUCUGACAAGAAGGCCCUAGUGCGCUCCAUUGCCUGCUGGACCCUGAGCCGUUAUGCCCACUGGGUUGUGAGCCAACCCCCAGACAUGUAUCUCAAGCCUCUGAUGACAGAGCUGCUCAAGCGGAUUCUUGACAGCAACAAGAGAGUACAAGAGGCUGCUUGCAGGUAACCCGUUCAUGGCAUCACUUCACUUGAUGCACAUUUGAACAAGUGUGUUUAUCAAAACAGUGUAAGCUCAGAGGGCCUGAAUAUACUUCUCUUCUGAUGGUUCCUUGUAAUCUAUAGCCAUUUCUGCUUGAAUGUAGAAGUGUUUCCCAGGAUGCUUUUGCAGAGUCUUGGUCCAUUAUGGUUAAGCAUUUGAGUUGGGCAAAACCAAACACAGAAGCUAUGACUAUCUAGAUCAGGUAUAAGGUGCAAAAAUUUAAGAGUACCUUAAAAUUGAUACACAUCUUGAGGCCUUCUUCCUAACUUAGAACCAGACUAGAUUCUAGAGUAUCUCUGAGCCACAGAUCUACUCUUCUUAGAUUCAUCGUCUCUCCUGCACCCUUCAGGUUUUCUCUGGAUGUGAUGAAGAACUUGAAAUUUGAGCUCUGCUGUGAUAGUUCAUAUAUUCGUACUGUCUGACCCAGAGAAGUUCCCUUAUACUUCAGAUCAAAGAGUGGCAUAGGGUUAUAGUUGACUCUUGUGCAGUGAAACUGAUCUCUUAAGUGCCCAGGAUAGAAAUUAUCCAGGCAUUUGUGGAUUUCAAUCUUUCCAGCUUCUGGUGCUGCUUUCACUUUGGUCAUGCCCACCACUUUUUUUCCCCUUGUAACCUUAAUUUUAGUGCAUUUGCCACCCUUGAAGAAGAGGCCUGCACAGAGCUGGUCCCAUACCUCAGCUUCAUUCUGGAUACUUUGGUUUUUGCAUUUGGAAAAUACCAGCACAAGAACCUGUUGAUCCUGUAUGAUGCGAUUGGCACCUUGGCUGAUUCUGUUGGGCACCACCUCAACCAGCCGGUAUGUGCAUUCUUCCUUUUGGCAUUAACAGUGGAAACUGCUAGCAUUUAAUCACCGUAGCUGGUUGUGUCCUCUUACCUCUUCUGAUUGGUGUGAAAUACUGUCAGCAUAAACUAAUUAUUGAAUGCAGGGCAGUCCAAAUACGUGAAUGUUUUUCCUUCAUUAGUGUGAUGAACAAAACCCACUGUAGUUUAACUACAUGUACACCACAUGUAAUCCCCCUCCUUGAUAAACCUUGAUUGGUGGUACAUUCAGAGACCUGAAGCAAAAAAGGUCUCCUAUUCCAAGAGUUAGUAUAAGAAUCUAAUUGACUGUCAAACCUGUUUCCUUGGUGCUAAGAUAUUGCAGGUGAAAGGUCUAGAGAAGGGAAGCCCAGAAAUGUUUAUUUCACUGUUAUUGAGGCUGUGUGUGUACUACUUUAUAUUUAAAGUUUUGGGGUUUUUUUUACAAUCAAUCAGUAUAUAAAUUGGGUCAUUUUAUAAAUUAAAAUUAUUACUGACAGGAAGAGCAUAAUGAAAGGACAGUGUCCUGUAGUUGAUAAAGUGAGGGACUGGGGUUCAUAUCCUCACUCAGCCACCAAAGCUCACUGGAUGAACCUGGCCACUCUUUGAGAGUUUUUGUGAAAAUAAAAUGGAGAGGGAAGAACCAUAUAGGCUGCCUUUUGCCCCUUGGAGGAAAGUCAGGAAUACAGCUCAGCAGAAGAGCAUUCUUUCUAUGCAAACAAUCCCACACUCAGUCUUGGAAAUCUCAAAUUAAAGGAUAUCUGGUGGCGAGGCCAAUUAAAACAAAGUUGGUAGCUCUCUGGGGUCUUGGGAAGAGCAGACAGUAUUCGGUUAGGUGAACCCAGUGGUCUGACUUCAUACAAGGCAGCAUUGUAGUUCCAUAUAUGAUUAGGGAGAACUGCUACUUGGUGGAACUGUUACGAGACAGAUUUUCCAUUUUUUCCUACUUUGUAUUAUUGACUACAGAAUAAAGUAGUGUUGUGGUGUGAGCCUUAACUUAAAAUAAGGUACACCAGUGAUUUCUAUGAUGCUGUGACACUACAAAAAGUUACUUUAGUGUCAUGCAGGUAGAAGUGGUUACAAGUCCCUUUGCUAUUACGCAACUGUAAGUCUGCAAAUGCCAAUGAGGUAAAAUACUAGUCUUGUGCUGCUUCUGCACAAAUAAUUAUUCUUAAAAGGCAAAGAAACGUCAAGCACACAUACUUAAUAGUCUUACUUGUCAAGCAUGUUGUUUUUCCUACUGAUGCUGUUUCUACUUUUUCUUAUUUGGCAUAAAUGCUGCUAUUUAUCAAGGCCAAGUCCUUUCUGCUUAUCCAGACAAAAUUAUUUUUCUCUGAAAUAAUACCCUGGUCAGAGUGGUUGGGAAACACUUAGAAGUCUGGUUCUAUGGAAUUAUAGUAGUAGUCCUGGUCUGACAGUAUCUGCACACUGAGCCCAGAAACAGUGAUGACCAAUGAAAAUACAAGACAUUCGAAUCCUGAAGCUACAUGUUGAGUGUUUUUCAGUUCUGAAGGAUUCUGGGCUCACUUUAUGAUAGUGGCAGUGGCUGGGACUACAGCAUGAUCAUAACUGGUCAUAACUGAUCUUCUCUUACCCAGGAAUAUAUCCAAAAACUGAUGCCACCGCUGAUACAGAAGUGGAAUGAGCUAAAGGACGAGGACAAAGAUCUUUUUCCUCUCUUAGAAGUAAGUGGCCAGCCAUUAACCUUGGUGGACUCUAAUGUUUCAGUUGAAAGAACUAAGCUCUAUUGUGCAUAGUGGCCAUGCUACUCAAAGGCAGUGGUUUCCCCACCCCCUCUGUCUAACAAGAAAUAUAUUUAAUAUAAUGUAUUGGAAAUCAGCCAAAAAUGUACUGUUGCGUGUUGAGAAAUAGAGACAUUUUGAUUCCCGGGCAGGCUCUUUGCCCUUAGUGCACAAUUCUAGCUGCUUGAAAUAAACACAUGAAAGGGGUAAGUUGUUUCUUGUCCCUUUCAUGACUGAGCUAAGUGGUUUUGUGUUAAAUGGUUUCAGUGAUAAUAAGGGCAAGACAAUGUGCAUGCCAGGUGGUCCUCCAUGCAUGUCUUUUGAGUUGCUAUCUGUUAUUUCUACAGUGUUUGUCAUCUGUAGCAACUGCACUCCAAAGUGGCUUCCUCCCAUACUGUGAACCUGUCUACCAGCGCUGUGUGACACUUGUGCAGAAGACCCUUGCCCAAGCCAUGGUAGGAUAGGCUGUUGUUUUUUGGUUUUGGUGUUGUUGUUUUUUAAAAAAGUAUGCUGUAUAUAAUACUUAAGUGUUGGAAAACUGAGUCCCUGUUGAUCAGAGAAGGGGCAGAUUAACCAUAACUGGCAGUAACAAAAGCUGCCAUUAACCAUCGACCAGGCAACUGAAACUUACCCUGUGCUUUAACAGCACAAGUGUUCCUGUUCAGACUGUUGCUCAGUGAAGCUUGCUAUGGCCUUGUUGAGGCUUCGUGUUUUCUUUGAGGUAAAUGGUUCUCUGUUCUCAAAUUUGUAGAUGUAUAGUCAACACCCAGACCAAUACGAGGCUCCUGAUAAAGAUUUCAUGAUCGUUGCUCUUGACUUGCUGAGUGGAUUGGCUGAAGGUCUGGGAUGUCACGUGGAGCAGCUUGUGGCCCGGAGCAAUAUCAUGACUCUCCUGUUCCAGUGCAUGCAGGUGGGUGAGAGAGUCUUGCAUUCAAUGUGUGAUGACUGCUUUAGGCCAGUUCAUAGCUUCUGGGACCCCGGGAUUUCUCAGCCUUAGCCAAGAACUUGAAUUCAGAGGUACUUGAGAUUAGGCUCACCAUUUGUUUUCCAAAAUUUAGACUAAUGUUAAUAAAGAAGUAAGAGAGCCAGAAAACAAUAAUAGGAGAAUUAGCAGACAAAAGCACUGUAUCAUCAAUGCCUCUAUGUCAAUGAGAAGAAAUCAGGUUUUGAGGGUGGUGUGGGUGAUGUGUUCUACAUCAUGUGCUGUUCUACACUUGAGAAUUAUAGACUGAGUAAAUUAUUGAAUAUGAUAGGGGACUGGAUAGAUGGUGAAAAACUAAGUGGGGAAAAUAAGUUGGAAAUAAUUGUAGCAGAAGCAGCAAGAAUAAUUGGGUGAAUCCAAAGGUUAAAAAAAGAAACAAGCAGGGAGCAAGAGUCCCAGAGUGUCUGCCUUUCAAAAGGAUGUUGGACUAGGUUGUUAAUGCAUUGUGAGUUGCAUGAAGAGGUGAGGAGAAAGCAUCAAUUGUAAGGUUUCCCUGACUUAAGAGCCUCCUACUAUCCUGGGAAGCAGAGCUAGACAGAACCAGCAAUGGAUAGUCCUGUUCUGGUAUUUCUGAGAGGGUUUGUGCCUAUUAACAGCCAAAUUCCUUCCAUCUGCACAAGGCUCCUUCGUAAUAAUUUUAACAGAGAAGGAGAGUUUAUCACUGUCUUUUAUGAGAGACCUGUUGAGUGCAGACCCAGAAAAAGUAAUGAUUAGUGAAUAAAUAAGUUUGCAUCCAAAUUUAAUCUCAUAUCCUGGAUCUUGCAUAUCUACUUUGUUUUCCCUCUAUCACUUACAAGUGAGCACCCACCAUUAUGUCAGACUGAGAGACACUGCAGUAGGCCUGGGUGAUAUAUAUUGAUAUAUCGCCCAGGACCAGUAUGUGGGGGUAGACCACGAUGACAGCUUCACUCAGUGGUAUACUGCUGGUGAAACUUUCAUCGCUCUUGAGUCCUUUUGCUUCCAGCACCCAGCACGCUGAGGGAGAAACAAACUGGCUGGGAGCUGGAGGCAGAGGGACACAAGCGGCAAAGGUUUCACCACUCGUGAAAGCGCUAUUGCACUCUGCCCGGGCAGAAUCAAGCUGAAUCUGCGAGGUGCCAAUACAGCUGGCUCCUUCCUCCGCUUCUUGGCUGCUUGGCUGAGGAGCACAGUGCUGCCCUCACCUCAGCCAAGCAGUUUUACAGAGCCCCCGACCGGCCACGGGCUCACAUGAGCCAGCGGUGGGAUGAUGGCUCCAUUAAAGUGCUGCCCCUCCCCAGUUGAGAGAGCCCCAACCCCGCUCCUGCUUGCACGCAAGCUGGGAGCAGGGCUGCUCAGCUGGGAAGCGCAAAGUCCGCCCUUCCCAGCUGAGAGAACCCCAACCCCACCUGACUGCCUUCUCCAAGAGGGUGUGCUGUGCCUUUACUCCCAGGAAGACAGAGCCCACCCUCCCGGUGGAAGGCAGCCAGGCGGUUUAGGGCCUCUUUGAUGCUGCUGGUGGGCCCAGCGCUCACCAGCAGCCCCUCUCUGCAAGGCACGAAUAGGGUGGCUUUGUACCCUGUGCCUUGCAGACUUCGCCCGGGAGGGUGAGCUGCAUCAUUCCUCCUGGAGUGAACGACCCCCCACCACCACCAGAGAAAAGAGACAGUGCACCUGCACAGGCGAAGGCAGUCAAACACACAGAGCCUGAUAGGUUCCAUGUGCUUGACUACUGCCACUUGGUCCAUCUUCGGAGAGUGGGGAGCAAGCGGGCAAGGUAGCUUGCCCACCCCACAUGCCAGCAAAGGCAGAAGGAGCUUGGCCAAGGAGCCCCAAGGUCCUUGCUGCUCCAGCACAAGUAGCAGGGGACUCGGGGCUGGCUCCGCUGGGGACAGAAGCCUUUCCGCCCCCUGGCUGAGCAGCAGGCUGGGGCCAGCUGUAUUGGCCACAGCCCAUGAGGCGCUAGGGUGAAAGCGCCCAGCAUCUCGCUGGUUGGGGCCAAGGCAGCUUUUUUCAACAUUGCGGUAUAUCACCAAACCGUGAUGUUUGGCUGGUGAUACACUACGAUGUUGAAAACCCAACAUCGCCCAGCCCUACACUACAGUCUUGAUGGUACACACAACACUAUCCCUUCUAAACUUCCUUGCUCUCCCUGUAGGACACCAUGCCAGAGGUUCGGCAGAGCUCAUUUGCACUCCUAGGAGACCUUACCAAAGCCUGUUUCAUGCAUGUCAAGCCAUGCAUUGGUAGGUACCUGUUGAGUUAUUGUUGUGUGACCUUAUGUUUCUUGGCAUGAUAGUAGUGAUCUUUGUGUUAAUACUGUUUUUAAUCCCAAGGUCUGAGAGGGACCAAGAUAGCUGCUAGCAGUUAUAAUAGCUCUCAAGUGGUAACAGAUUUUGGUAUAUCUUCUAUCUGGAGGAAGAAACAUAUCUGCCUUGGUUUUCUUUUAUGAAAAACAGGUUUUUGCCAUAAUGCUGUUAGGGCCUUGUGUAGUAGUUUCGAGGGGGCAUAGCUAAGUUGUAGAGCUCAUGCAUUACAUGCAGAAAGUCCCAGUUUUAAUCAUUGGUGCACCAAACAAAGAAAAAGAUUAACCAGCAGGUAUUCUCCUGGCAGAUUAGCCACACAGACGCUGCUAGGUUUAAGUCUGUCUUGCAGCCCACGCAGGAAACCUCAUUGAUUACUUUGAAUUCUCUUCCUUCCUGUCUUGGCAUCUUGUUUUAACUGCCAGUCCAGACAGACAUUCUUUCUCUUUCUCUGUCCUCUGUGCUUGCUGAUUUCUUCCAUCUUUUUUGUCAACCCCCUUUCAGUGUUUUCUUAGGGAAUCUUCAUAAGGCUCUCUCCAUCUUGACUACUCAAACCCCUGGCCUCUGUUCCCAUAUGAUUGCUUAUGUUCAAAGUAGCUGCUGCACAUUAGUCAGAAAGGUGACGGAUUUAAGUACCUUGUCAGUUCAGGGCAAUCUCUGCAUUUUUCAGAAAGACAAAGUAAACCUCGGAAUAGAUCUGUCCUACAUUCCUAAGGUGAGCUCCACCUUCCAUUGGUCACAAGAACUGAACCUUCCCUCUUUUUGCCAUCUCAAAAGGUACAUAGAAGCACUAGAUUAAAUACAAAGAGUGAGAGGAAAAAAAUCAGCAAGUGGUCCUAAACAACAGCUGUCAGCCACAGAGACAAUUCAGGGCUAGAUGAUCCAAUGGUAUGAUUAUAGCCAGAAAUUUGCUACCAGAACUAAGAAAGAAAAUAUGCAGAGGUGCUGUAGUAGCCGUGUGCUUUAUUUAGAAAAAGACAGGGUUUAAUGUUUUACAACUCUCUUCAAGGGUACUUUCCAUUUUCAGCUCCUUUCAGAGAGAACAGGUUCUUUUUCUUCGCCCUCCUAGAUUUAUUGCUGCUAUUGAGACAUGUUGACAAUGAUACUUAACAUUGAACGUUUCCCUACUUUUAAAAUUGUUUCAGUACUAUCACUGUUAGCUCUGGAUAGGGAAUGAGUGCAACUUACAAGGCUACUUAGUCAAAAGCUAGUGUCUAUGACAGGAUAUAUGCAAGGAGCCAUCUGGCUUCUACAUCUAAUGCAGAUUCAGGUAUUGCCAAUAUAUGAGUGCAGAAAAUUGAUGAAUCAGAGUCCAAAUACUGUGGACAUGUACCCUUUCUCAUUUUGGUUUUGAAUGCAGCAUAGAUUCAAGACUCCGUAUUCUUAUGGUGUAGUGGUUAAGAGCGGUAGUCUCGUAAUCUGGGGAACCGGGUUCGCGUCUCCGCUCCUCCACAUGCAGCUGCUGGGUGACCUUGGGCCAGUCACAAUUCUUUGAAGUCUCUCAGCCCCACUCACCUCACAGAGUGUUUGUUGUGGGGGAGGAAAGGAAAGGAGAAUGUUAGCCGCUUUGAGACCCCUUAAAGGGAGUGAAAGGCGGGAUAUCAAAUCCAAACUCCUCCUCCUCUUCUUCUUCUUAUACAGCACCUUGCAGCUAAGGGCUAUGGGUACAUUAUUUUCUCAGAUGUUUCUGGGUGAAGAAAUAUUCCCUCUUGUCCAAUAAGACUGCAGUGCAUUUAAAUUUUAUUUUCUGUUUACAUGUAACAAAAUGCUAUGUAACUGUCUUUGUAUAUUUUGGAUAAAUAGAAAACCAAUAAAUAUUUUUUUUUUUAAAGUGCAGCGCACCCUGGAAGUUGGGCAGAGUUAGGGAAGAAUGCAGCAUAGUGCUAUGGCAGUUGUUUUAACUUUGUAUUUUGUGUAUUGUAUUCCAUUUAUUUUGUGUGUCCCCCAUGAUAUUUUUGAAUGGGUGAUUUAUGCAUUAUUCAAAUAAAUAAAACAAUGUGUCAUCUUAGCUGUGCCAAAGGCCAAAACUGGGGCUGUCAAACAAACCUGAGUUAGAGCAUUGAUCUUGUUUGGAAACUGGUUUGGAGGACUAAGGACCUCAUCUUUGCCUUGGUGCUAGUCAGUGCUGACUAAAUUGCUAGUGUUUUAUCUGCCCUAUUCUGUUAAUGUAGUUGUUUGCUUUUGGUUGGAUUUCUGUGUAUCUUGCCCUUAGAUCAAAAUACGGUGGUACCUCAUGUUACGUACUGUCCCCCUUACGAAUGCUGCGGGUUACACGCUCUGCUAACCCGGAAGUAGUUGCCUCUUGUUGCAACCUUUGCCCCCGGAUGCAAGCGGAAGUUGCGCUCCAGUGGCGCAGCAGCAGCGGGAGGCACCAAGAAAGCGAGCCUCAUGUUACGAGUGGUUUCCUGUUACGAACGGACCUUCAGAACGGAUUAAGUAUGUAACACGAGGUACCACUGUAGUGUAGGGAAUGCUAUAAAUACUUCAGUUAAACCAAUACAUGUCUCUUCUCUUCAGCUGAAUUCAUGCCCAUCCUAGGGACCAACCUGAAUCCAGAAUUCAUUUCUGUUUGCAAUAAUGCCACCUGGGCUAUUGGAGAGAUCUGCAUGCAGAUGGGUAAGUGUACCAGGAACCCACAGUAAGUUUAAGCAGCUAGCUUUGUACUGCCAUGCUGUUCAGCAGUGGUACCCUCUUCUAGCUCUUUAUAGGAGAAAAAUACAACUUCCGACUGUUAGGAUGGGUAGGUGUUUGGCUGUUAAGUUGCCUUAUCUUCCUACAUGUUAGCAGUGUAACAGCAGAAGUUCCUGAGUUUCAGCAAAGUGUAACUAAAUUCGUUUCUACUAUUGACAUAAUAAGGUCCUUGGCCCUACAUUAUGGAUAGCUCAUGAGAGUCUCGAGUUACAUCUACAAUACUGUGUCUACCUCUAAUUUUGGGCUAUCUGGAAGCAUGCAAUUUCCUCCUGUAUGUCAAAUGGAGCAGGGUAUUGUGUAUCAAUUCAAGGUUGAUAACCUGAUUCUUGGAGCUAUGUAUGACUCAGCUGAUCAUUUCUUCCUUACCAGGGGCUGAAAUGCAACCAUAUGUUCAAAUGGUCCUGAAUAACCUUGUGGAGAUAAUCAACAGGCCAAACACCCCAAAAACACUUCUAGAGAACACAGGUGAGGGUGGACUCCUAAUUCUGUCUUAAUUGCAUUAUUUUUUUUAUUUUUUUUUGGUACCCUUGUGCUUAUUAUCAAACUGGUGGAAAGGGGUUUGUAUGUACCUUUUCACUCAUCUGCUUUGGAAAUGGGAUCUGACUUUUUUAUGCUGGAGCACAUGACCAGUCGUGGAAAAAUCCAAUUAAAUCUUGGAGUUCUGUGACUAUUCCUCCACUAACACUGCGCUAAUUCCAAGAAGUUUUCUUGUUUCUGUUGCCUGCUGAGAGUCCCAUGGGGGACAUGAUCCUAUAUCAAAGAGCUAAUUUCCUAUUCUAGAAGUCUCUUCUGGCCUUUUCUGCACACAGCAUUUGCAAAUGGCUCUUGAACACCAUAUUUCCCCCCUAAUACUUUUUACAACUGCGCUAUGCACUUAUUAUGGUCUAGGUCCUGUGAUGCCAUGUGUCCCCUUAUAAAUCCCACCUUCCAAACUCAUGAUGCUACAGAACAGACAAGGCUGCUGCUUUGAGCAGUUGUGACAGGCUUGUUUCUCUCCCCUUUCUAGCCAUCACGAUUGGACGCUUGGGUUACGUCUGCCCUCAGGAGGUGGCACCGAUGCUGCAGCAGUUUAUCAGACCUUGGUUAGUGUUUAUACUCAGACAGGAGAUGUGGCUUUUUGGCCUCACUUUGCAGGGGGUGAGAUCCACAGGGGCCACCCUCUCAAUCUGUCAGCUUCAUUCUAGAACAAGUUGAUGUGCAUUCAGAGGCAUUUUGCUCAAUCAGUUUUUGUCCAGCUCAUAUUUGUCUCAGUUGGUACAUCAUCCAUCAAGGUUGUGUUUCUUUUAGAGGGAUAUCUCCAUUUUUCUGAGCGCCGGUUGGGAUCCAGUGUUGCAUGAGUGUACUUCUGGCGGUGAAUUGAGACUUUAACUUUAUUUUUUACACCCUGUAGCCAGUUGUGCACCUCCCAAAUCUCUGGAGGGUCCCCCAGCUCUUGAAAGCAGAUUUUGUGUACAGGGGGCUGCAGGGUGGAUGGCAGGAAGGUUAAGUCCUGUUCAAGUAGAAAUCCACACUGUGCAGUACAAGCUAUUUAGACAGUAUAUACAAUACAAAGAGAGUGGUACAGAUAGUGCAUCUAUUAGUAUUGUACUCGUGCCAAGGAUAUUGGGCAACUGCUAGAUAUUCCCUGCGAUGCUGUCUAGUGACAAGCUGCAGAACUCUCCUUGUACAUCCUGCUCACCUCUCUUGUCUCUUUUCCCCUCCUGCCACUACGUAGCAACUCUUUGGAUGACACCAUCUUCACACUCUAGUUGCACAGUAGUCAUCCAUCAGUAUUUCUGAGAAUGCAAAACACACGUGGAGCACACUUUUUUUCUUCUGUGGGAAAUUACUAAAAUGUAAUUAGUCACAUUUAAAUAUGUUCAACUUUCUGCCACCUUCAGUUGGGAGAGGGAUUUGCAGCCUUAUCCCAGCUAUUGAUCUGACUUUACAUGGAAUCCCCAAAUACCCAGAAAGGAGUAUUCUAAUUGAAUACUGGUAUUAAAAAGCAUGGCCAAUAGAAGAGCACACCCUGGACAGGAGAAUUAAUCUAAUACUUGAUCUUCAGUAAGUCUUGAUCCAUAUGUUUGUAACUUUUUUCCCGAUUAAAAAAUGCCAAGCCAGCUGUUCUACCUUAGCAUUAUUGCAUGGAUUUGUGGGGAAGGAGCUAUUUUUUCUCUUCUCUGCCUCUCCAGUGUGCAAAGUGUUUGCUUUGGCUCCUAGGUGUACAUCCCUCAGGAACAUACGUGAUAAUGAGGAGAAGGACUCGGCCUUCCGUGGCAUCUGUAUGAUGAUUGGGGUAAACCCGGGUGGAGUUGUGCAGGUAAUUAUGUUGAGAGAUUUUUCAGAUGUUUGUGGGAUACCUUUGAUCACUAGAAAGGUCACUGUGACAAAUAUAUAGCAAAUGGUUGAACCCCAAACAGCACAAUUGCUUCUUAAGGGCAAAGUACCCUGGCCUUCGACAGUUCUAGUUAUUUUGUUUUGUGGGACCCACCUCUUUUGCUGAAUUUAUAUUAUGUGUUCUGGUUGCAAAAAGUUUACCUGCCUUUAUAAUUAUAACUGUUUUACUGAUUUUACUUUAUGUUGCUCUAACCUGCCUUGGGACCUUAUGGGAAAGGCGGGUAAACAAUCUUCAUAAAUAAGUAUAUCCAAAGUCACAUAUAUCUUACAGAAUUAUGCAAUUUAUUUUGAUGCAUCUGCAGUUGGAGUACUGUGUGCUGCUUAGUGUCUUUUUCUUUGUGUCCCUGAGUUGCAGUACAAAACCUGUGCUGAUUUAGAAUGGUAGGAAAUCUCUAGUGAUUCUAGUGACCUGGGAUCUGUAUUGAGUUUUCUCAUUCUUCUGUAGGAUUUUAUUUUCUUCUGUGACGCUGUUGCUUCCUGGGUGAGCCCCAAGGAUGAUCUGAGGGACAUGUUUUAUAAGGUAUGUCACUGCAGUGGAGAAAGGCUUCUUUGGCCAUAUACUAAAAGAAUGGGCUUUUGCUCAUAAGGUAUGUUUGUUUGUCAUGCUGGCAUUGGGUGGGGUGCGGGGGGAUACACCUAGAUUUCCCCUUGACACAGAUUGCUGUGUGUGAAUAUUUAUUGAAACCGCUAGCCACAUUUUGUAGUAGGCAGUGUAGCUGACCCAAUAGUUUCUGCCUUGAUAGCAAACUCAUACUAAGCCUUGGCUUUCAUUUUUAGCAUUCCCAGCACCAGUAACUAGAUAAAAGCUUGGAAAUGUGGUGGCAGUAUACUGAUACUUAGCAAGCCCUCCCUGGACCCAGAAGUGUGUGGCGGCUAUCACUCAGUUGCAAAUAAGCUACUUUGUAACACCAGGCCACACCACGGCUUACUGCAAACAUGUGGGUUCCUGGAGCAAAGAUUGUGGCUGCAGUACUCCUCCCCCCAGUACUGCUGCUACGACGUUACCUAGGACUAGCCAUGAUUUAACUUAAUGUUAUAUCCAGAUUUGGGGUCAGAGACAAAUAAGCCUGAGUUCGGACAUAAUGCCAAACCAUAGCUUGGCAGCAGAUACAGGGUACAGAUUCCAUUUUUUAUCAAGUGAAUCAAUCAUAGAGUGGGAUUAUAAUCACAGACUGAGAAGAUCCUCUGUUCCAGUCCUGUGGAGGAUGCAACUACAGCGUUCUUGAGAGAUGGUCAUCCGGAGUUCUUAAAUACCUCGAACAAAGGAGAACCCUCUUCCCUGCACUUUCCUAAGGCAGUUUGUUUCCACUGCCAAACAGCUCUUCCCGCAGGAAGUUCCAUCUACCAUUUAGCCAAAAAUUAUUUUCCUGAUAUUUCCACUUCUGGGUUCUAGCCUUCCUCUCAUGUCUCAUAACUACAGAUUGGAGUUCCUGUGUGUAUACACUUGAUAUGCAACUGCUAAAUCCAGUUGAGCUCUGCAAAACAAACUUGGGGCCACUUGUGUAUGUUUCAGUUAAGGUUUUAAGCAAGGUUAACAAGUUUCCCACUCUUGACACAGAGUGUAAAUACCAGGUCUCCUAGUUCUCUCUGAGCCCAUGGGAGGCUAGAGUUGGGGGACAGAGUGUGAUAGCUAUUUUCCACUUGUGAUGAUCUGUUCUUAUUUCUCAGAUUCUUCAUGGCUUCAAAGAUCAAGUUGGGGAGGAGAACUGGCAGCAGUUUUCAGAGCAGUUUCCUCCACUGCUGAAGGAGAGGUUAGCUGCGUUCUAUGGGGUCUAGGCAAACAGUGAAACCGUACUCGGUAAGUCCCAUAUUCGGUGAGAUGGGAGAGGGAGAAAAGCCCUAAGAAGGGAAUGGAGUGACCAAAGUAGGAAGAAUGAAUUGAAUGUUGGAGCUAAUUGAGAUGGAAAGAUGUAGGCCAGCUUGUAGUCAGUUGUCCUCUCAGUGAUGCAGAAUCUGUGCUUCAGUGAUACAGAGCAGAGGCUCUUGAGAAUGUGAAUGUGGAGAUCAAAUAUCCCAUAUAGGAAGCAAUCUACUACCCUUGUGGGAUGUGUCAGGAGAUGGCAGUGCAGGAAAGCCCACAUUCCCCAGCCACAAUUCCUCUUAUCCUGAUAUUUGAGGUUCUGGCCUUCCGUAUUAAUAUUUGCUUAUGAAUUAAUGUAGCGGAAGAGUUCAAAGUCCACCCUACUCCGGCUUAGACCCGAAUUUGCCAGUACAGCAAUCAGUCUGCCCAAGUUAGUUGUGGCUGUGUAUCCUGCAGACAUACUAGUAGAUAGCAUGAGCAACAUGCUGUGAAAGGGGGAGUCAGGCUCUAAUGUGCUCUGCUGGUUACUUUUAUUUAAUACUGACUGUCUUUUUUUCUCAGGUUCCUGUGUGCGCUGGGAGGAAUACUGGGAACUCGUCCACAACCCAGUGUUACAAAUCCCUGUUAAUGGGGGGUUAGGGAGGACGGGAAGAGCAUUGUGGGACAUAAAAUGACUUCACUCCCCAUCUCCUGAAAUUUACAAAGUUGGGGGGGAGGGUGGGCCUCCGUGACCAAUUUAAACAAAAACCAGGGUAUCUCACUAGCGGAAGGAAAAGGUCUCUACUCAGAGGCCAUCGUUGGUGGAAUGGGGUGGGGUGGGACUCGGACCUGGGCUGAGAAAGGGGAGCAAUCUUAAACUGCAACACUCUUGAGAAGGGGAUCUAACUAGGGGCCAUCAUAAAGGACUAGCUAAUAAUAAAUAAUAAUAAUAAAUAAAGGAUCGGGUUUAAGAUGUUAAAAUGGGAUUAAAAGAUACAAUGGUUUAAAACCAGCUGAUGAAGAGGGAAGAGUUAAAACUCAAUCCAAGGGGGUUAUACUGCUGUAUAUUUCCAGUCACCGGUGUUCAAGAGAUCAGCUAUUCACCUUUUCAAGACUGCAUGGUGACCAAGAAGUAGACUAGUGAACCUGUGAGUAGCCCAUAAUGACUAAGUGUAAGCAUUUUCAUCUAGGAAUCUUAAGGAAACCCACAAACCCUUUUUGCCAUAGUUGCCAUGGCACUGUGUGCUGGAUGUGAUGCUUGGAGCAAAGGCAGCCUCUGACUUUGUGGGGACCUGCCAGCCAUCUAGGGAGCAGUCCCUAUCAUAAGAAAUACUGUUGGAGAAGCAUGUCUUUAUUUUUUAAGAAGAUGCCGCAGUGCAAUGAAUCUGUUACCCUGUUGUUCAGCUGUUACUUUGUGACACUGCUAUUGCAUUACUUCAGCUGCAGGAGGCAGGAGAGAGCAAGGAAGGAAACUGAAUUCCAUCUGUCCAUAGGCCAAAGGCUGGCGGAGACCAGUGUGCACUCGGUCAUUUUUAUAUGGCACACGUUAUGUUGUAUCCUGUGCUAUUGGGGGUCAGAAUGGCAUUUGUACAUACAUAAUGGUGAUUUAAACUUUCUGUCUUAAGGGAGUUCUAUGCCGCAUCCACCACUUUGGUUUACAAAAGGAGCAGUAAACAUAGCAAAGCAUAGAGGAAUUAAUAAAAUAGAGCCCUCCAUGCAUGGCCAGUGGAAGCUCGUAGCUUUUGCUGCAUGCUUAGUGGAGUUGCUGUCUUAAAUAAUUCUCAUUAGACCCAAAUCUGUUCGGUCCCUGGAAAUAGAAUCUGGGGUUUGCUGAAUGAAUUUGAGUUAGUGAAGCCAUAGCUUUUUAAUUGUAAGUGAAGAGGAUGUGAAGUGGAAGCAAGCCUGUUUUCCCAAAGGCAGCUAGGUUAUGGGGAAAAGGGGAUACUGCUUCAGCUGAUGAGAGCAACUUCUGGAAAAGUGGGAAGUGCUGGGGAUGAAAAAAUAGUCACCAGGAAUAUUCUGCAGAGUCAACAUGAAUAGAGUUUGCCCAAGGAAAUGAUUGCCAGCAGGCAGCGUGCUGAGGAAGAAGAGACAAGUGAACUGAGCCCCAGCCCCAGCUUUCUUCAGAGCAGAUCCCAAAGGAACUCGAGCAGCAUCAGGAUUGGUAGCCAGACAACUGGGUUGAACUGUGCCUCAUAUCCUGUAUUGCUUUGGUGAUGGUAGAUACAGUGGUGGGAUGACUGAAGAAGAUAUAUGUGACAGAGGAUGGACACCCGUGUUCUGGGAUAAGGAGACGCUUUCUUUGACAGCAGUUGACAGUGACACUGAGUAUAGUGGGGUGAAUUUCUGAAAGUGUAUUUGUGAGAUUGCUCAAUAACUUAAACUUCACUGAUAUCCCGUCCCAUCUCCUUUUUCUUUCUAUCCCUGGCCUCUGUUUCACAUGUUGCAGUGCUUGCAGUUCUUGGAGAUUUGUCAUAGAACUUGCUGGGGCAUUAUUGUGCAGGCUUUUUUUUUAACUUGGAGGCAGCACAUACCUAAGUGAAAGCUGCUCUCCUAAUCCUUGAAUCCAGUUGCUAGGGACACCCCUGCACUCUUCUAGGAUAGCUAGUUCAAAAAAAAAAAUGAUAGUAAACUUGCAAAUGCAUUCCUCAAUUCGUCUUUUUAAUAGUGUGGAACUCGAGCAGGUCUCUGGAAGCAAUCAGCUAGUUCUUUGCAUUUUAAUGAUUUUAUUACAAGCGUUCCCUCUCGUGCCUCAGUUUCAACUUUCCCUAUCCUGCAACAGGGAAAGCCAGAGGGUUCUAUUUGGGAAGCAAUUGGUUUUUAAAAUGGGCAAGAAAUGUGCACAGAUGGCAGGCAGAGUCCUGGCUUGUGCUUCUCAACUGAAGGCUUGUGAACUCUUCAUUCAUCCAGUGAAGUUUAAGCUACUUGACCUGACUGCCUCUUGAAAUGAAAUUUGUCUUUUGUACAAGUGCUUCUAGUACUGCCUCCUGUUCGUUAAUCCUGGAUUUGUAUAUUUGUAAAUGUGCCGUAAUGUUUCCAAUGGUGGAACUGCAGUGUACCUAGUGUUGAAGCAGCUGCUUGCACCUUGCUCAAAUGAGAUUUUUCUCAUUUUAUGUAUAAUUUUUUUGUCAACUAAAAAAUUCUUGUGACUCCAGUUUCCAUGUUUCUGCCCAGUUUUUCACCCCAUAACUGAAUGUUUUGUAUAUUUCUGGCACAGGUCUGAGUGGCCAGAAAAUUCAACCAGGCUGAAGAGCCUCUCUUACUGUAGAAUUCAAAAAAACAAACAAAAAACAAUCAACUCACAGUUUAAACACAUUUAACUUUUGUGAAUUCAGCUUUACGUGCUUAUCCAGAAAAAAAUUUAAAGGGGGUGAGUUUCUGAGGGGCAGGGGGAACCUUGGCAAUGUCACCUGCCACUGCACUCACCUUGGGAAAGUGUGUUUUGACUAUACAGUACACAAAUUUGGCUUUAUGCACUAGGUCCAUGAUAUAACCCGUAGAAGUUGAAACUUAAUAUUAUUAAGUCUUUACUAACACUUCUAUUGGCCUGCUCUAUUAUGAGGGUAGUACUUCUGACAUUACGUGGGAAGCUGCAAACCCUCUUCUAGUUGGAUUUAAUAGAAUUUUCAAAUUGUCACAAUGCCAACUUUUAUAUUGGUAGAAUAUACCCAUUAGCUCAGAAGUGCACCAGUGUUAUGUGGGAUGAUGUAAUUGUAUUUCCACCACAUAUAAAUAUCCCAAAGUGACAUCAUUAAUUCGUGAUUUACCUUGGUGUGCUUCCUCUAAUCCUUAGUUGUAUGUCUUUGCCAAUAAAGGCUGAAGCUGCUUAAAUCCCUUUGGCUUUAUUGACCAGCACCUUGAAUUGAGUCCAGGUCAACAGGAAAUCAAUGCAGAUUCUCAACCAACUUUUCAGAAAAGGGCAGGUUAGAAAGGCAGUUUCCUGAGAAAUACAUAUCUACAUUGAAUUCUAGGGGCGAGACUGACUUGCAGUCCUUUUGAAACAGCAUAAGGUAUUAACUAUUCCUGGCAAGCCUAGUGGGCUUCAGUAGGAGAGAAUGGUAAAAGACCUGUUCCCAUUCUAAAUAUACAGUAACUGUCAUUAAAAAAGGGACGUGGGUGUGCCAGAAGCAGCGGACAAACGCCGGCUCCCUCAGCCUGUAAAGCAAGAUGAGCGCCACAACCCCAGAGUCGUUCGCGACUCAACUUAACUGUCAGGAGUCCCAUUACCUAUCAUUAAAAAGCUUGUGUUGUUAAUUAAUAUACUACUAUUGAGUUAUUAUGGCUAACAGUAGUAAUUCACUUUUCUGAACAAGUUCUUCCUCACUGGUGAAUAACAUGUUCAGAAAAUUAGACCUUGAUGUUUAAGGGCUUUUGGGAAGUUCUGUUGACAUAAGCUCCGUUACAUUUUUAUUUAACAGUGUGAAGGUUAUGUGUGUACAUUAUCCAAUUCCCAUUUUCUUAGGUAAAAAAAUCUGACACCAGCAUAUUGGGCAUGUUCACACAUUGCACUGAACACUGGUGCAAGCUGUCUGUACACACAGAAGUGUUAUGUGCAGAAGAGUGCACAUUUUUCCUUUGUCCAGCUCAACUAGUGUGCACAUGGACUGUACACUCAUUGAUUGAGAACGUCCCUAUUGGCUCAUACUAAAAUUUGCUGAUUAGAACAUGUCACUCAAACGCAUGUCAGUUUAUAGUUUAAAAAUACAUUGAACAAUGGCUCAGUAUUGCUUAAGACUCUUAAUCUCAGGGUUGUGGGUUCAAGUCCCACGUUGGGCAAGAUUCCUGCAUUGCAGAGGGUUGGACUCUUACCCUUGUGGUCCCUUCCAACUCUACAGUUCUAUGAUGAAAACAACUAUUCCAAAACUUUAUAAAUGGCUGCAGUUGCCUUAUAUUAUUCUUUAAAACCUAGUCUGAAGACAUGUUCUUAAUCUUGUCUUUUGAGCUGUCCAUGUUUGUCUUACUAACCAUUAGCAAAUCGCAGCCAGUUACGGCAAAGGAAUAAACUAAGCUUACAAGAUAGUACUAUGACUACUCUGACAAUACUGAAAUGGCGAUCCUGUGCUCUUACGUGCCUACUAAGAGGGAAGCCGGGCCUUCCUUUGACACGCCUAAGCGGCCUAGACCUGAUCCCGUUGACCGGAGGCAGCUGCCGCUGCGCGAAAACGCCGCUUUAGCAGCCCUGGGUUGCUCCCCGACACGCAACACGCCGCAGUGGUCCCGAAGGCAGCGCGGAGCCGCCUGGCCCGAGAUGGUCGGACUCGGCAGAGAGCCGGGCUUCUGACGUCACUACGCCGCGCCGGAAGUGUUUUCUCCUUGGAGACGAGACGCGAGAAGGCGCCGGCUCAGCCCUGUCAGGAUCCUGGAGAGGCUGCCUUGACUCCAUGAUACUCGCCGCUCCGCUUCGGGAGAAAGGUCGAGGCAGCUCGGCCCACGGGUGAGAGGGGCCAUGGGGCAGAAAGGAGGCAGGAAGGCACCGCGGGGUGGAAGGAGGGCGGGCGGGCGUCGGUCUCCGCCGUCUUCGCCUAGGCGCUGCCCAGCCUUUUCCAUGGCUUCCGGGGCGGGUGUGACUCCUGCGUUGCUUAUGGGAUUACCUGCGAGUUGGAUUUGGCAUUUCUCUUUGCACCUGCCUGCAACGUCCUCUUGCUUUGCCCCCCGGACUUCUGCAGGAUGAUUCUUGGAUUGGGAAACGGAAAUAAGAAUUCCUCCUCCACUUGGUUAUCGUCUCUAUUACUUAGGAAAGAGAACAUGGCUCCUUUCAGACCUGUCAGUGCGAAAAAGGGCUCUGCCCCCAAUUUCCUUAUCCACAUGCAGGUUCUGCUGUAUAAAACAAUACAGCUGUGUAAGAACAUGAAUCAUUCCCAAAAUAUAAUUGUAAACUAGCCUCUUGCAUAUUUUAUAAUGCCAUCCUUCAUCCAUAGAUCUCAGGGCGAUUCACAAAGUAUAUACCUCAAUGAGCGUGAGCUUGCGUUUGCAGGGUAAUCUCAUUUAUAUUAGGUCUAAUUUGAAACAAACCCAUCUCAUCAACACAAAGAAGCCUUUCUCUUUUCUAAUCUUUCAAAUUUGUCAGCGUUGAAAAUCCCUUUUCACUUCAUUUGUCAUGGAGAACUGCAGAAAAAUAGCCAAUGCUCUUGAAGAGAGGCAUAGAUCCUGUUUCUGAUUGUAUAUCCGUAUAUACUACACUACACUGAAAUUUUAAAAUAUUUCUUUGAUAGUCCUUGAAUCUUUGUGCCACACUUGCCAUCGUCUCCUGCCACACCUUUGAGAACCACUAAGCAUAGAUGUGGUGUAGUGGUCAGUGUAUUGGACUAGGACCUUGGAGUCCAAGGUUAAAAUCCCGACUCUGCCAUGAAGCUCACUGAGAACUUUGGACCAGCCAUUGUCUCAAAGCAUAGCCUUCCUCACAGGGUUGUUGUGAGGAUAAAAUGGGGAGCAGGAGAGCCAACUUGAGCUCAUUGGGUUAAAUGUACUUAUAAAAUAAGAUCUUAUUCUUCCAGUUGUCCAUUUAGUUGUUUAUUUUUUUAAGAAGUUACACCUCUGGUUUUGUGGAUAAAAACACAGGCCCCAUGUAAAAAUAUAUUUUUUGCUUACACUUCAUAGAAUAUCUGUUGUCCAUUAAAAAUAGUUGUACCCUUACUGAAAAAUUAUAGUGAUAGUAGUAAAAUACAGUCAUACCUUGGAUCCCAAACGCCCUGGAACUCGGACAUUUUGACUCCCGAACACCGCAAACCUGGAAGUGAUUGUUCUUGUUUGUGAAUGUUCUUUUGGAACCUGAACAUCUGACGGUGCUUCCGCUGCUUCUGAUUGGCUGCAAGAGCUUCCUGCAGCCAAUCAGAAGCUGUGAUUUGGUUUUCAAACAUUUUGGAAGUCAAAUGGACUUCUGGAACAGUUUCUUUUUUUUUUUUUAAAUAAUAUUUAUUAUUUUUCCAAAAACUUAAACACUAAAAAGAAAAAAAACCAAUACAAUACAACACAUCAAAUUAACAAAACAAGACAAAGACAAUAAAAUAAAUCAAACAAUUUCAUUAUCCCAUCUUUCAUUCACUUAUUUCCACGACCUCCUCACACCUCCCUUUUGUAUUCCACUUCUGUUAAUUAUUUCAGCAAUUCCUUUCCAUCUUCCUUGUUUUCUAUCCUAUAAUUAUCUUAACUCAUUCUAACCUUAUUUUUUCCUUUAAUGCUCUAUUAACCUAUCUGUACUUAAUUCCUUAUAAUAUUUCUACUAAAGCCAUAUAACUUCAUUUCAACAUUUUUCUAACAUUCAUUAAUUUUACAAUAUUUCUGUAGAUAGUCUUUAAACUUUUUCUAAUCUUCUUCCACCGACUCUUCUCCCUGGUCUCGGAUUCUGCCAGUCAUUUCCGCCAGUUCCAUGUAGUCCAUCAACUUCAUCUGCCAUUCUUCCCGGGUGGGCAAAUCUUGUGUCUUCCAAUACUUCACGAUGAGUAUUCUUGCUGCUGUUGUUGCAUACAUAAAAAAAGUUCUAUCCUUCUUUAACACCAAUUGGCCGACCAUGCCCAGAAGAAAGGCCUCUGGUUUCUUCAGGAAGGUAUAUUUAAAUACCUUUUUCAUUUCAUUAUAAAUCAUCUCCCAGAAUGUCUUAAUCCUUGGGCAUGUCCACCAAAGGUGAAAAAAUGUGCCUUCAGUCUCAUUACAUUUCCAACAUUUAUUGUUGGGCAAAUGGUAAAUUUUUGCAAGCUUGACUGGUUUCAUGUACCACCUAUAAAUCAUUUUCAUUAUGUUUUCUCUUAAGGCAUUACAUGCCGUAAAUUUCAUACCUGUGUGGACUUCUGGAACAGUUUCUGUUCAACUUCUGAGGUACAACUGUAGUAUAUGAUUAUAGAUUUACAUUUUACCAUAGCUCUCACUUUUUGUUCUUGAUACAGGUAUGGAUGCUCCUCCUGAUUCUGCUACUGAACACCAAGACUCUGAUAAUGAUUCUGACACAGAGAGCAAAGCGGAUCCAGAUACCCAGGCCCAGGAAUACAUUGAACGUGUUCUUGGAUCUUCAAGCCAGUCUAGUCAGGCAUCCCAGUGCCUUCCUCCCACAUCUCUCUCAGUAAGUGAUAAGGCCCAAGUAUCAGAUCACAGGUGUCCUCCUCUGGAACUGAAAAAGUCUCCUGUUAGUGAUGAUACAGCUUCAGGGCUGUUAUCUCUUCCUCUGGAGCUGAUCUUGGAGAUCUGUUCCUACCUGAAGCCCAGAUUUGUCCUGGGUGUCCUUCCUUUGGUCUGCAAGACACUGAGGGACAUUCUGCAGGAUGAAGUCACUUGGAGAAUUCGUCUGCUGAAGAGGAUCAGCAGCAGCUAUCCAGUAGUGGAAGGUGGGUUCCCUUUCUGCCUACCAUGUUUUAUUAUCUUGUUAACUCAAGUAUGAACUAACCUUUCCAGAUCAGCUUUGUCAAUAAUAAGAUAAUCACUGUUCUCAGACCUGCAUUCUAAAAGACACAGCACAAAAAGAAAUGGGAUUGGGCAUGGAGGAGGAAUAAAGCGAACUCAUGUGUUUUUAGAUGCCAAAGUUCUUAUGGGGUUUUUUUUCUGCCAGGGAGUAAACUCCUUGGAGCUGCUCCUUCUUUGGGCAGUGGGUGGGGUCUGUUGGUCUCACUGGCUGUUUCCAAUGGCAGAACCCAGAAUAUGCUGCCCUUCCACUCUGCUGUUCCAGGGCAACUGGCAGCUGAAAUCACUGUUAUUUCUGAUAGGGAGGCUGAAAUGGAUGGAAGUUAGUACAGUGGUACUUCGGGUUACAGACGCUUCCGGUUAAAGACUCUGCUAACCCAGAAAUAGUACCUUGGAUUAAGAACUUUACUUCAGGAUGAGAACAGAAAUCGCACGGUGGCGGCGGGAGGCCCCAUUACCUAAAGUGGUGUCUCAGGUUAAGAACAGUUUCAGGUUAAGAACGGACCUCCAGAACAAAUUAAGUUCUUAACCCGAGGGACCACUGUAUUCCUGCAGGUUUUUAAACAUUAUUCUAUAAACAUUUGUGGCUAAGUGUCUUCCUGCCCAUUCUUGCUCUUUAGAUUCCAUGCCUCUUUUGUUUCAAAUUGAAAACCUGCCUUUAAUUUUUAGAGAGUUACAGUUGAGCCCAGAAUUGGGUGUAAUGUUGACACCAAACUGAUAGUGCUGAGUGCUGGCUCUGCAUUUAAAGAUAAUGUCCUUUCAGUCUCCAAAGUUUUCCGAAUUGAUGAAAACCCACUUUUAUGGUUAUAUAACUACUGUUUUCUCUUUUUGAGGACACUUGUAUGGAAAAGCAAUGGAUAAUGUUGUAAAUAAGAUACAGUGCAGUGGUACCUUGGGUUAAGAACUUAAUUCGUUCUGGAGGUCCGUUCUUAACCUGAAACUGUUCUUAACCUGAAGCACCACUUUAGCUAAUGGGGCCUCCUGCUGCCGCCGCACCACCACAGCACGAUUUCUAUUCUUAUCCUGAAGCAAAGUUCUUAACCCGAGGUACUAUUUCUGGGUUAAUGGAGUCUGUAACCUGAAGUGUCUGUAACCUGAAGCGUCUGUAACCCGAGGUACCACUGUAUAUACAUUUGCUUACCUUGCCUGAGUUUGUUCUGCAAAGCCCAAAGGAAGAAUAGCAUCUCUUUAUGCCUUUUUCACGUCUCAGCAGAUGAUGCCUUUAACUGGCCAGCUGCCUGCAUUGAACUAGAGGAGCACCUCCAACAAUGGGCAGAAAAUGGCAGGAACACAGAGCACUUUUCCCUUGCUGAGGGACACUUUGCAUCAGUUGACUCUGUGCUGCUGCUCCAGGUAAAAGUCACAUUUCCUGUGUCGCUUUUAUUUGUACAAUAUUAAGGAUUGAUAGAGUCUGUGAACAAGCAGUCAUGAAGUUAAGAGUGUGUUCUGAAAUAUUAUUUUGUCAUAACCUCUCUGUGAUUACUCAUCUGAGAAAUCAGUCUUACAAAAUUCAUUCAUCUAAAUUGUCAGCAGAAGUUCCAUUUCUUACAAAUUGCAUUCCAUUCCUUAGAAGAGAGGGCUGACUCUGGAUUUAAACCUCUAAGACUGACAGUGGACAUGGCAUGAGUGGAACAAUUUCAGCUCACUCAACAAAACUUUGCAUCCUCCCCCAGUGCACCCCCCUAAAUCUGCUUUGGAGGGUUGGGAGACCCCCAGAGCUAGAGGAGAAGGAGAGAGAAGUUGUUCCACUGUGCAUGCAAUAAUUUUGUUGGUUACAACCCAGAAUAUUUUAGCUGGGAGGAUUCAUGGUCCGGUAUGCUGAGUGGAAUACCAGCAAUUGCAUGCACCUUAACUACUUUUUUUUUUAAGUAAACAUUUAUGAUUACAGUGUUCAAUUUGAAAAUUAUACAGUUAGUGGGUUGUGUCCAGUUGUGUUCUUCCACAUAGGGAAGGUAUGUGAUCCAGCCGAGGCUUCCAUGAAUGGAAGGUAGGAAGAAUUAUCCUGGUCUCCUCCCUCCAUGCACUGUUCUGGGGGUUCUCCUGCCCUGCCAACCCUGAGCCAAUUUCAGUGGAUGUGUGGGGUGAAGGGAGAAACCCUGGUGUGGAAGUCCUUGUGCAUAUCCUUCAUGCAGAGGUGGUGAUUUUUUUGUUUUUUUAGUGCCUGCCUCUCAAGAAGGAGGGCCAGCAAAUAGAAGGCUACAUAGCCUCUUUCUGUUCUUCCUAUGGAAUAAAUGCACAGAGGGACAGAUUUGUCUAAACUAUUGAUUGUAUAUUGUCUAGACUACAUUAUACAGCUUGAUGAUUAAGCCCCUUAUGGGAAGAAACGCUGGUUGUACCGGAACAGCGUCUUUAAGUUGAUUUACGAGUUGAUGUUGCUUCUACUAAUACAUGAUUGACUGAAAGAAAAAGACUUCUUCAGUGAUUUAUUUGUUUGCUUGUUCACACUCCUUAUUCUGGAAUAGUUGCUUUGGUGAUACAUUUUUGUAUGACUUUGCAAUGUGCCGGUAUAUCACUACCCUGUAUAUUGUUUGUUGAAGAAUCUUAAGAAGGAGGGACAGUGGCUCAGCUUUUACAGUAAUCAGUUGUUUUUCAUUGUAUCCAGGGUGGGAAGCUCUGUGUCUCAGGUUCUCGGGACCGAAAUGUCAAUUUGUGGGACCUGAGAGAGCUGGGCAAAGCACCAGAAAAAGUGCUGGUGAAGGCAUUGGGGACAGAGCGCAAUGGCACACACAAGGUAACCAGAGUCUGGAGUCUAUGGCCCCUAGGUCAUGUAGUGGUAGUACUUUAAUUCUAUAAUUAUCCUAUCCUGUAAAUGUUUAAUCCAGCAGCACUACUGUUGCUAACGUCUAGAACACUUAAAUACACAGAAGAUUAAUGAGUAGUAGAAAUAGCAUAUCAGCUCAACAUUUCCACUCAUACACCCCCCUCUGAAAGAUUCAAGGCCAGUUCUCCCAGAUCAAUCUGUUUCUUACCUGGCACUGCCUUGCAGUGAGUGGCAGCUCUCCCACCGUAUAACUGCUUCCCGUUGUUCUCACUCUUCUUAAUAUCAACACCACCUCCUUUACGCUACUAAUUGUCCCAGCAUUCUUUUACCUUCCCUAUCCCUUCAGAAAACACAGCAUGUUAGUCUAAAAUAGACUGGUCGCCUGUUAGAAGUGUAAAAAGCUUUAAGUUGCCUCUCCAAAUGGCCAACACCCUUUUGCAUCUGGCCACACAGUAAACAGUUGUUAUGAGAGGGAAGGGGGCUGGAUAGUUGUUGUCUAUCCUGGAGGAAAACUGGCCUAUCCUGUGCAGGAAGGAGAUGAUAUCUGAAGGCUGCACUUCUUCCCUGUCAAUAAUAAUAAUAAUAAUAAUAAUAAUAAAUUUAUUUAUACCCCGCCCUUCCCAGUUCAAAAACAGGGCUGAGGAUGGCUAACAACAAAUUUAAAACACUUUAAAACACUUAAUUAUAAAAGCAGCAUAAAAUACGGUAUAAAAACAUGAAUAACAAUAAAAUUCAAGAAUCAAUUAGAUAAUGCCCAGGGCUAGCUGGCUGAAUUGGUGAUUAGAGAGAAGCAAGCCCUCAUGAAAGGGAGAAGAUGUUGAGGCACUUCUGUUCAGUGUCUUCUAUGCUCAAGGAUUCUGUAAUGCAGAGCUGGACCAGUUGCUCCAUUCUGAACUGCUGUCUGUUUCCUGACUUAGCAAAACCCAGUUUCUCACACCCAAGCAGAGUUGUAUUAGAAAUGUCUGUCCCCUAUCCAUGCUAGUCUGUUUUGCUGCAUUCACCAGUUCAGAAGGAUAGUAGAAAGAUGAACUAUUCCUUUUUCAUCUUCUGGAGAGAGUUAAUUAUUUGGGUCUGUCCAUACCUUCUUGGGCUAUCCUCUGCAGUGGGGCAAGAUCACAUGUUCUUUACAUGUCACCAGAAUGAUAAUCACAGUGUUACUAAACAAAGGACUGAAGUGCAGUGAUGGCUCUUGCUUUUUCUUUUCACUGCAUAGGGAUGGGUUUGGUCACUGGCUGCAAGAGAUGACCAUGUGUGCUCUGGCUCCUGGGACAGCACAGUGAAGCUGUGGGACAUAGCUGCUAAUGGACAACAGUGUGGAGAAAUCAAGUAAGGUUGCCUCUGUGCUCUCCCCUGUGAAUGGAGUAGCACUUGGGAGUGGCAUAGAAUCAUAGAGUUGGAAGAGACCACAAGGGCCAUCGAGUCCAACCCCCUGCCAAGCAGGAAACACCAUCAGAGCACUCCUGACAUAUGGUUGUCAAGCCUCUGCUUAAAGACCUCCAAAGAAGGAGACUCCACCACACUCCUUGGCAGCAAAUUCCACUGUCGAACAGCUCUUACUGUCAGGAAGUUCUUCCUAAUGUUUAGGUGGAAUCUUCUUUCUUGUAGUUUGGAUCCAUUGCUCCGUGUCCGCUUCUCUGGAGCAGCAGAAAACAACCUUUCUCCCUCCUCUAUGUGACAUCCUUUUAUAUAUUUGAACAUGGCUAUCAUAUCACCCCUUAACCUCCUCUUCUCCAGGCUAAACAUGCCCAGCUCCCUUAGCCGUUCCUCAUAAGGCAUCGUUUCCAGGCCUUUGACCAUUUUGGUUGCCCUCCUCUGGACACGUUCCAGUUUGUCAGUGUCCUUCUUGAACUGUGGUGCCCAGAACUGGACACAGUACUCCAGGUGAGGUCUGACCAGAGCAGAAUACAGUGGCACUAUUACUUCCCUUGAUCUAGAUGCUAUACUCCUAUUGAUGCAGCCCUGGAGAACCUGGAGUUUUGCUACAUGUUCAGCUGAGUAUGAUGCCUCAUUGCAGUGUUCUGUGUUGAAUCUGUGGGGGCAUUAUUUAGCAAUGCUGAUGCAUGAGAGGUUUGUCUUGGCUGAAGGCCUUCUGCUGUUUAGGCAGAACAGAAUGUUGCUAAGGAGGAUUAGAGGCAAGGGUGUGGGGUACGAAAACUUGCCUCUAAAUAAGAUGAGCAAAAAAGUGGAAUCAUUCAGGAUUGCUUCGCCCCUGUAGUAAAGGAUUUAAGGUGUUGGUGACAGCACUGGGUACUCUAGACCUUCAUUGAUUUUGUUGUUGUUUAUUCAUUAUAGCCCAAGAGCUCACUAAAAAGCCAGAUGAAGAGAUUCAGGAGAGGGCAGAAAGAGCAAACAGGGGGAAAGUUGUGUGUUGCAUAUCGGAAAGAAUUAGUUCUUCUGAUUUGUGAGGUCAGGGGAGGCAGAAGUCUCAGCUAAUGUGUGGCAGGCAUUAAGAGGAUGGUUGCUUCAUCCUACAGGACGGCACAGAAGGCAGCAAAACGAGAACUAGCAAAUCCCACUUCUAAAUCCUAUUGGUCUAGGUCUAAGGCUGAGCAGAGGUUGACUGACUUUCAUAUAUUAUUUGAAGUGUGUGCUCUGGCCCUUCACCUGAUUCUUCCCUUCUUGUCUUGUUCUAGAGGAAAAGCAGCUGUGCUGUGCCUUUCAUAUCUGCCUGACAUUCUAGUCACGGGAACCUAUGACAAGAAGGUGUCAGUGUAUGACCCUCGAGGUUAGUGUCCGUUGUUUCCUGUGGAUACUGGUGCUUUGAGCUGCAACUGCCAUGCUCACUUGCAAGCAGUCAGUGCCUAUGGGGUGGCAGGCGUUUAGAUAAGUUUGCUAUCUCCUCUGAGGGAAGGAGAAGGGCUGGGGCAGGCAGCCAGGAAACCCAGCCAGAUACCUCCAUUCAGUUCACAUAAGUGGCUAGCACUUAGCUGCUUCUGGCAGCCAUCUUAACUAGAAAACUCUGCGCAAUGAAAUAAUGGUUUUUAACGCUACUUGCUUAGGCUAGAAAAAUAUGACCUGCUUAAAGGAAAUCCUUGCUGCUGUUCUACAUCUAAUCACUGCAAUGGUUAGCUUUGCCUCCUGCCCCAAUAUUUGUCAGUAGUAGUGAAGAGCUGGCUAGAGAACACCCAGAAGCUCUGCUACUUAGCUAUUGCCCAAUGAAAGUGACUUCAGCUGGAAGACUAUGGCCUACAAGGGAGAGAGAAGAGAGGCAUUUCUUUUGUGAGAACUUAGGUAAGUGCCUGGGCUCUGUUAAUGCAUCUCUUGGUCCUCUCUCACAGCUGCACUAGCCCCAGUGAAGAGCCGCAAGCUUCAUUCCAGUGCAGUCCUAUCACUUGCAGCUGAUGAGCGCUUCAUUCUCUCCGGCAGUGAGGACCGAACACUGGUGUGUUUUGACAGGAGGGCCAACAGUGUCCUCCAGAGGCUACAGGUGAGCUACAGACUUUGACUCUCCUUUUUGUGCUAAGGAUGGCCAAGAAUUCCUCAGAAAGCAACUUAGAAAACCAGGAUCUGUGGGUGUUCUCUCCAGAGUUUGUCAGUAGAAUCCUUAAUCCUGUGGGUUUGAGUGCUAGUUAUUUCUGUAUUAGUUGAAGGUCUGGGACUACAAACCAAAUCCCAGGCUUUUACUUGUGUUCAGAUUAGGUAUGUUCUUGUGCUCAAUAAAACUCAGAGGCUAUAUGGCUCAGGAAGCUACACAUUCCAAGUUGAGGGACUUGAGUUUAGUGGGACCUUGAUCCGGCCUCACCCAAGUAUUCUUUAACUUGGCAUUGCUCUUGCCUGACCUUUACUCUCCUAAGUUUAUACGGCAAGGCCAUGUGGGAGACAUUCCAGAGGGCGGUUUUUGCUUUACAGUCAGGCUGCAUUCAGACAUUACAUGAAACCACAGUUGCUUUAGCUGAACCAUGGUUUCGCAUUAUGAGCUUGCUCCCAGUUUGUUUGGGACUGGCAAACCAGGCUUUGAAACCACAGACUCUGUUCUGACUGAAUUCAGAGUAGUUUGUCAGGGCCAUUGUUUUGCCUGAAGAGGCUGCUAUACCAUGAAAAUGGGAGUAAGCUCUACCUCAAGCGGAUUCUCAAGGGUGAACUUUUGAAGCUUAGUGCUGAGCCAGAUGGGAAACUAAAGGCAGAAAAGCAGCUCUAAACCAUGGUUUGCUUGUUCAUGUGGAAGCUCAUGGUUAGCACAAACCAUAGUUUUGCACUAUGUUUGAACCUAGCCUCAGUUCUGCUAAUUUUCCUUAUUUAGGUUCAAGAAUUUCGCCCCAUAUUUUAUAUUGGCAAGUAACUUGGGGCAUCUUUUUGUUUUCUACUUUAGCAUACACAAUCUAUUUCACUUAGUUGAGCUAUCUGCUUUACUUUAGUACAAUACCUUGAUUAAUGCCAGUGACAUUAGUUCCAUUCUUUCCCUAGCUGGACUCCUACCUCCUCACCAUGUCAUACCAUGGUGCUCAGCUAUGGGCAGGAGACAACAAUGGGCAGCUGUAUGUCUUUGAAAACAAAGGAGGGUGUUUCCAGCACAUCCGGGUACGCUGAGAAGUUGAAUCGCGGAGAAAUAUGGUACUUCUCUAAUCUCCACCCACAAAAUUACUUGUGCUUUGCUAAGCAUAGCCUAGCAUAAGGUGUUGCUUUACAGUAGAUUGUAGAGAUAUUUAUAACACUGCUGGGAUUCAACUUAGAAAUCUCAUGAGCUUUGACCAUUUGGAGCCAUUUUUCUUCUGCCAGUGUCGCUUCUGAACCCAAACAAGCAUGUUUUGCUGAUAGUAUAUAAAUCACUAGUGCCUAAAGGUAAAGGGACCCCUGACCAUUAGGUCCAGUCGUGACUGACUCUGGGGUUGUGGCGCUCAUCUCACUUUAUUGGCCGAGGGAGCUGGUGCACAGCUUCCAGGUCAUGUGGCCAGCAUGACUAAGCCGCUUCUGGCGAACCAGAGCAGCGCACGGAAACGCCGUUAACCUUCCCUCAGGAGUGGUACCUAUUUCUCUACUUGCACUUUGACGUGCUUUUGAACUGCUAGUGCCUAACCAGUUGUAAAAGAAGCAGCAGCAGCAUACUAGCAUUUGUCUCCCAUUCAAAGCAUCACUCUGUUUUUGUUUUGUUCCACAGUAUUUCGAUGUGGGUCACCGCUCUCAGAUCACGGGAAUCCAACAUUCACUGGGUGCACUUUACACAACUUCCACUGACAAGACACUGCGUGUAAGAAUUGUGGUGGUGUUUAAGUUACAGGUCUGAACCACAGACAGGCCUAGGAGACAGGGCUUCCCAAUCCCAUCCUUCACCUGUGGGGGCAAAGCAAAACCUGCCCAUUUUUCAGGCUGAAAGACAGAUCAUGAAAGGUGCGUCUUCCUAGCUAAAGCAGCCAAACCCCUUGGAGUCUCCCACCAGCUGCGGGAGAAUAGCUUGGCAUAGCCAUGAUAAAGGAAGGCCAGAGCCCGCACAAAGCUGUUUUCAUACCAGGUUUCCAUGUCCCUGAUUGCAGACCGAUUGCUUCACAGUGCACUCCUGGUCUUUAUCAGUCACACAGGUCAUUCUUUUGGAGGUUUUCUUACCAAAUAGUUGCCUUGGUACAACACCCUUGUGACUCCGAACCAAUCUGCUCUGUCCCAUACACUAUUUUCUCUACUUAGCCAUUGUUUGUGUGGUACCGAAACGCAACUUUCCAUUUCAUUAGAUUUUAAGCUUCUAGACCGUAACCUCUUGGAUUUCUCUUCCAGAUCCAUGUUCCCACAGAUCCGCCCAAGGUCAUCUGUUCACACACACACAGCUGUGUGCUAAAUGGGGUAAGGAUUGUGGGGGUGCUCGCCAAGGUAGUUACAGACUUUUUAUAUUGGCCCCGACCUGAGAAAGGGAGCAGGGGAGAUUGUGGGAGAAAGCUUCCAUAGCUGUCUUUGUUAUGUGGGGUUAUGUGCUAGGGUGUGUGUUUUGGCUUCUGUGACUUUUGCUCACUGUACUUAGAUUUCCUCCACCACCCACCCUUUCCUUUCUCCUCUUUUUCAGAUCAGUGUUGAAGGAAACAUGGCUGUCGCUGCCUCUGGUGGCGUCUCUGUAGAAGUCUGGAAGCUCAGUGUGUGA